CUACAUUCGUCUAUAAUCUGUAACCUUUGACCUUCUUUUGAAAAUAUUUCGAUCGCCUCUUAGUUCUUAGUACUCGAAGACUUAAAGUUAGAUUAAACUAGUAGGCGGAUCACAAUUAAAACAAAACAUAGAAAUAUUUAUUUAUUGGGCCUAACGUAAGUUUGUAUUAAUUUAAGUGUGAGCCAACCUUAUCCAUGGUAUUAAUAUUAUUGUUUCUAUUCAAAUAUGCAAGUAGAACUAAGUCAACUAUGUCAGUGAAUAUUUCUUAAUUAAAAGUGCAACUGCAUGCAGUUCAUAAUAUUAUUAUAAUAUAAUUUAUAUUAUAUUAAUAAUAUUUUGUCACAUUUUUAGAGAAAGCUAGUACUUGUAGUGUGUUGUUAGUGAGUGAUAGUUCAGAUAGUGUUAUAAUAGUAAUUAAUAUAUUUAAUUAAUUUAAUAUUUAUCAAAACAAGGUUUUAAUCUUAAGUUAUAAUAUUAUAGAUUAUAAUAGGCCUAAUAUUAAAAAUUAUUUAAUUUAUUUUGAACAAUGCAAUAAAUAAGUAUUGUUUAGGCCUAUAUUAUAAUUAUAGUUUAAUGGUUUAUAUAAGUAAUAACAAUACUAAUGACUAAUACCUUGAUACUUAAUUAAAGCAUUCCUUAUUAAUAAUUUCAAAUAUAAUUAAUAUUUUUAAAUUUAUAAUCAAUAUAUUAUUAAUAUAAGUAUAAGCAUAGCAAAAACACCUUCACAUAGCUUUUUAAUUUUUAUUGAAAUUUUAAAAAAAUGUCAAAAACAAUUUUUUAAUAUUAAAUGUUAAUCAUUAACAUAUAUAUAUAAAUAUAUUUUACAUAAAAAUACUUUUAAUGUAGCUCCGUCAGGUAAAUAAGAAGUUUUAAAUUUUUUAACCAUAAAUAGUUAACCACCUUAAAAUAAAGGAUUGCCUUUAUUUAGAUUGCCAAUUAAAUUAAAUCGAAAUUACUGACUAACAUUUUAAAUCAGAGGUACCCAAACUUUUUUGUCUUGUAGACCACAUGCCAUGUUUUUUCGGUUUUGGGUAGACCCCCCUGCUAAUAUUAAUUUUUUUUUUCGCUGACAUGGACCCCUUGCAAGUUGUCGCCGACCUCUGGGGAUUUAUAUGGACCACUUUGGGAAUCUCUGCUUUAAAUAUUCAUAAUUUUUACCAACAAACAUAUUUUGGUACAGAUACAUUUUAAAUUUAAGGCCUACAUUUGUCAAAACUAUGGAGGAAAAAAUGUCUGUGGUGUAUGAUUUUGUCUCAAUCAAGUAGGCCCUAUAUAAUUGUAUGUCUUAUUUAUGUCAAAAGUACUAUUUAUAAUAUAUACAUCAUGUUUAGAAAAUUUAUUGUAUUGCAUUCCCAUCAGUGUUUUAUUUAUCCUGCUUUCAAUAAUACAAGUGAAAAGCAAGCAAGGAGAAAUCACUAAUUCUAAUGAUUCUAGUUCCACCAAUUUGUUUUUUUUUUUUCAAAAGCCUUUAAGAUAAUGUCUCUUUUUUAAAAAUGUAAAUCCUUAAUUUCUUUUUGGACCUUUAAGAAAAAGUCAUUUUCAAUUUUUACAGACUAUUUAGAAAAGACUGUUCAUAAAUUUACAGAUGAUCAGUAACCAUUCAGUAGGUGCACCAUCCAUUGAGAAACAAUGAUCUAAGACAGUAUUCAGUAUAAAGUUAUUUAGAUUAAGAUUAUUAUGUACUGAAUUACAAGUACUAUUCAACUACUUAGAAGGGUUGUUACCCUACUAUUGAGUUAUUGAGUAUUGACUACAGGCUAUCAAAAUGGCUAAACGACUAGGCUUAGGCUUGCUCAUACCCUUAAGAUAAGAAAUAGUUGUGAACAUUAAUUAGAUAACAAAAAAAUGUAAUGUCAAUAGCUUAAUAUCAGUUUAAUUUUGUGCCUACUAAGCCUUAUUUAGGCUAAAAAAAGUUUUCAUGAAUUAUCCGGGUGACAUUUUUUUAAUAAUUUAAAGCCAAGGCCAAGGAAGUUUGAAUUUGACUAAAUAAAAACACUUAAAUUCUAAACUCUGUGUAGGUAGGAAAGCUUAGGCAAAAAUCUACCAAAGUCUCAACUUUAGGGAAGCCUAUUCUUUAGGGCCUUUGCCAAGUCCGCCAUUUGCUGAUAAAAGACAUAGAUCUAGAGAGCCCUUUUUAGUUAGUUAUUUUUUAUAGUGUUUAGAAUUCAAUAAGAUAUGCAUGUCAAUAAGUUUUCAAUGGCUUUUAUAAUAUCAAACCUGGCUAUGCCCUUAACUCUUAAAGUCUGACGCGCCAGUCUACUGGCUUUCCGCCGGUCAUGUUUUGAUGCGAGCCAGUCUAUAUUGUGUUUCAUAGUGACUCUUUAAUUUUGGGAUUUUAUUUAAAUAUUUCAGUAUUUUGUCCAAAUCAAUAUUUCCACAUCCUCUUCCAGUGCUUACAUUUUUCAAACGUGCAAGUAAUUUAUUUUUUAUCGCAAUUUUACUAGAAAAGCUAAGAAAUAUUGUCUGUGGUCACCUAGAGUCAGCAAAAUUACUGUGUCAAUACGUGGAUUUGACCUAUGGACACUAAGAGUUAACUGCUUGAGCCAAUGGUGUGGAUAUUUUUAAAGUGCACUCAAUUUGUGAAAGAAUGAUACGCUAUGUAUUUAUACUAAGAUUGACUGGUAGAAAAUUAAACUUAAUUUUUUUUUUUAAAUAUAUAUUUAUCACACAUUGUCACAGAUGUUUAACAUUAAUUAAUCAAUGGGCCCUUUCAAUCCUCAGAGACGUGACAUUAUCUAUGUGCCCAUUCACUCAUUAGGGGCAUUCAUUAAAGAUCCUUUUUCGGAUGAUAUUUUACUGGUCACACAUGGAAGGUCUCGUAGAUCAUCUUAACUAGUCACCCCUGCUACAUAAAUUUUUUUAAAAUUUGCAUAUAUGUGUAACGGCCUAACUUAUCUCUAGCGUAUAUGUAUCUGACUUUAUCAUAUAUAUGUAUCUUCCUUUAUCAUAUCUAUGUAUCUGCCAAUAUCAUCUGUACAAACAUUGAAAAAUAACACGAAAUCACAAACAUUUCCAAGUGUAAACGGAUUGGCCAAAAUUUUUUUUAAAGGUUUUUCUGUGUUGUUCUUUUUAAUAUUUGUUUCUGCUUUUAUAUUUACAGUACAAAAUUUUCAACAAAGCAGCAGCCAUGAUUUCUCUAGCCAUCUGUGCAGGAAUUGUUGUUCUAGCCAUUGCUUACAUAUCUCGACAAAGAGGGUCAGAAAUUAAAGCGGGUGUUUACAAGUUGCCAGGUAAAGCAUGCACAUAAUAAAAUGAUACGUUAUUAUCAAAUGAUGCUGGAUAUUGAAGCACAAUUUUCUUCUUUUCAUUCUUAGCAUUUAGAGGACAUGCCAUAAAAAAACUGGCAUAAGAACUUUGUCAUUUUUUUAUCCACUUGAUCUAUCUUCAGAAUUUAAAUUCCUGACACUCUUAUUGGUAAAAAGAUUUUUUGCCAUUUAUACUUUAGGUCAGUGGUACUGGCUGAAAAGAAUUAUAUUCUGCAUCAUGUUUCGAAUACGAUCUGCCAAACAAGGAAAGAAGGACAAUUUUGACAGCUUUUCUGCAGAAACUUGUCCCAUGAAAGUAAAUGGUAGAAAGGGAUACGGAAAAGGGAAUAGUUAUAAGGAAAUGGAAAGACCCCAAACAUUAUCUGAAAAUGAAUUUGUAAGUUCUUUUGUUUGUCUAUUUAUGAAUUUUAAUCAAACUUAAUUGUUGUUAUUUUCAUUGCUAAAUAAUUCACAUAAUUAAAGAUGUAUUAAUACAUGUCGAUGUUUAACUUAAUUAGUUUUAAAACUAUUGUGCCUACAAAAAAUUAGUCAUUUUGCACUUAAUCCUUUAUAUUUACUUCAAAAUUGUACAUUUAUAUGACUUUUAACAUUUCAAUUUUUAUUAAAAGUAUCUAUGCUUUCUAAAAAUUAUCUUUGUUAUCCAAAAGUUGGAAAAUUGAUGUAUUUAUGUGUCCAUCUUUCAGGAUUGUUGUUAUAUUGUGUCCAUCUCUCAGGCAAUAGAUUGUUGUUAUAUUGUGUCUAUCUUUCAGGCUAUAGAUUUUUGUUAUAUUGUGUCCAUCUCUCAGGCUAUAGAUUGUUGUUAUAUUGUGUCCAUCUCUCAGGCUAUAGAUUUUUGUUAUAUUGUGUCCAUCUUUCAGGCUAUAGAUUGUUUUUAUAUUGUGUCCAUCUCUCAGGCUAUAGAUUGUUGUUAUAUUGUGUCCAUCUCUCAGGCUAUAGAUUGUUGUUAUAUUGUGUCCAUCUCACAGGCUAUAGAUUGUUUUUAUAUUGUGUCCAUCUCUCAGGCUAUAGAUUGUUGUUAUAUUGUGUCCAUCUCUCAGGCUAUAGAUUGUUGUUAUAUUGUGUCCAUCUCUCAGGCUAUAGAUUGUUGUUAUAUUGUGUCCAUCUCUCAGGCUAUAGAUUGUUGUUAUAUUGUGUCCAUCUCUCAGGCUAUAGAUUGUUGUUAUAUUGUGUCCAUCUCUCAGGCUAUAGAUUGUUGUUAUAUUGUGUCCAUCUCUCAGGCUAUAGAUUGUUGUUAUAUUGUGUCCAUCUCUCAGGCUAUAGAUUGUUGUUAUAUUGUGUCCAUCUCUCAGGCUAUAGAUUGUUGUUAUAUUGUGUCCAUCUCUCAGGCUAUAGAUUGUUGUUAUAUUGUGUCCAUCUCUCAGGCUAUAGAUUGUUGUUAUAUUGUGUCCAUCUCUCAGGCUAUAGAUUGUUGUUAUAUUGUGUCCAUCUCUCAGGCUAUAGAUUGUUGUUAUAUUGUGUCCAUCUCUCAGGCUAUAGAUUGUUGUUAUAUUGUGUCCAUCUCUCAGGCUAUAGAUUGUUGUUAUAUUGUGUCCAUCUCUCAGGCUAUAGAUUGUUGUUAUAUUGUGUCCAUCUCUCAGGCUAUAGAUUGUUGUUAUAUUGUGUCCAUCUCUCAGGCUAUAGAUUGUUGUUAUAUUGUGUCCAUCUCUCAGGCUAUAGAUUGUUGUUAUAUUGUGUCCAUCUCUCAGGCUAUAGAUUGUUGUUAUAUUGUGUCCAUCUCUCAGGCUAUAGAUUGUUGUUAUAUUGUGUCCAUCUCUCAGGCUAUAGAUUGUUGUUAUAUUGUGUCCAUCUCUCAGGCUAUAGAUUGUUGUUAUAUUGUGUCCAUCUCUCAGGCUAUAGAUUGUUGUUAUAUUGUGUCCAUCUCUCAGGCUAUAGAUUGUUGUUAUAUUGUGUCCAUCUCUCAGGCUAUAGAUUGUUGUUAUAUUGUGUCCAUCUCUCAGGCUAUAGAUUGCUGUUAUAUUGUGUCCAUCUCUCAGGCUAUAGAUUGUUGUUAUAUUGUGUCCAUCUCUCAGGCUAUAGAUUGCUGUUAUAUUGUGUCCAUCUCUCAGGCUAUAGAUUGUUGUUAUAUUGUGUCCAUCUCUCAGGCUAUAGAUUGCUGUUAUAUUGUGUCCAUCUCACAGGCUAUAGAUUGUUGUUAUAUUGUGUCCAUCUCUCAGGCUAUAGAUUGUUGUUAUAUUGUGUCCAUCUCUCAUGCUAAAGAUUGCUGUUAUAUUGUGUCCAUCUCUCAGGCUAUAGAUUGCUGUUAUAUUGUGUCCAUCUCUCAGGCUAUAGAUUGUUGUUAUAUUGUGUCCAUCUUUCAAGUUAAAGAUUGCUGUUAUAUUGUGUCCAUCUCUCAGGCUAUAGAUUUUUGUUAUAUUGUGUCCAUCUGUCAGGCUAUAGAUUGUUUUUAUAUUGUGUCCAUCUCACAGGCUAUAGAUUGCUGUUAUAUUGUGUCCAUCUCUCAGGCUAUAGAUUGCUGUUAUAUUGUGUCCAUCUCUCAGGCUAUAGAUUGCUGUUAUAUUGUGUCCAUCUCUCAGGCUAUAGAUUGCUGUUAUAUUGUGUCCAUCUCUCAGGCUAUAGAUUGCUGUUAUAUUGUGUCCAUCUCUCAGGCUAUAGAUUGCUGUUAUAUUGUGUCCAUCUCUCAGGCUAUAGAUUGCUGUUAUAUUGUGUCCAUCUCUCAGGCUAUAGAUUGCUGUUAUAUUGUGUCCAUCUCUCAGGCUAUAGAUUGCUGUUAUAUUGUGUCCAUCUCUCAGGCUAUAGAUUGCUGUUAUAUUGUGUCCAUCUCUCAGGCUAUAGAUUGCUGUUAUAUUGUGUCCAUCUCUCAGGCUAUAGAUUGCUGUUAUAUUGUGUCCAUCUCUCAGGCUAUAGAUUGCUGUUAUAUUGUGUCCAUCUCUCAGGCUAUAGAUUGCUGUUAUAUUGUGUCCAUCUCUCAGGCUAUAGAUUGCUGUUAUAUUGUGUCCAUCUCUCAGGCUAUAGAUUGCUGUUAUAUUGUGUCCAUCUCUCAGGCUAUAGAUUGCUGUUAUAUUGUGUCCAUCUCUCAGGCUAUAGAUUGCUGUUAUAUUGUGUCCAUCUCUCAGGCUAUAGAUUGCUGUUAUAUUGUGUCCAUCUCUCAGGCUAUAGAUUGCUGUUAUAUUGUGUCCAUCUCUCAGGCUAUAGAUUGCUGUUAUAUUGUGUCCAUCUCUCAGGCUAUAGAUUGCUGUUAUAUUGUGUCCAUCUCUCAGGCUAUAGAUUGCUGUUAUAUUGUGUCCAUCUCUCAGGCUAUAGAUUGCUGUUAUAUUGUGUCCAUCUCUCAGGCUAUAGAUUGCUGUUAUAUUGUGUCCAUCUCUCAGGCUAUAGAUUGCUGUUAUAUUGUGUCCAUCUCUCAGGCUAUAGAUUGCUGUUAUAUUGUGUCCAUCUCUCAGGCUAUAGAUUGCUGUUAUAUUGUGUCCAUCUCUCAGGCUAUAGAUUGCUGUUAUAUUGUGUCCAUCUCUCAGGCUAUAGAUUGCUGUUAUAUUGUGUCCAUCUCUCAGGCUAUAGAUUGCUGUUAUAUUGUGUCCAUCUCUCAGGCUAUAGAUUGCUGUUAUAUUGUGUCCAUCUCUCAGGCUAUAGAUUGCUGUUAUAUUGUGUCCAUCUCUCAGGCUAUAGAUUGUUUUUAUAUUGUGUCCAUCUCUCAGGCUAUAGAUUGCUGUUAUAUUGUGUCCAUCUCUCAGGCUAUAGAUUGCUGUUAUAUUGUGUCCAUCUUUCAAGUUAAAGAUUGCUGUUAUAUUGUGUCCAUCUCUCAGGCUAAAGAUUGUUGUUAUAUUGUGUCCAUCUCUCAGGCUAUAGAUUGUUUUUAUAUUGUGUCCAUCUCACAGGCUAUAGAUUGCUGUUAUAUUGUGUCCAUCUCUCAAGCUAAAGAUUGCUGUUAUAUUGUGUCCAUCUCUCAGGCUAUAGAUUGUUGUUAUAUUGUGUCCAUCUCUCAGGCUAUAGAUUGUUUUUAUAUUGUGUCCAUCUCACAGGCUAUAGAUUGUUGUUAUAUUGUGUCCAUCUCUCAGGCUAUAGAUUGUUGUUAUAUUGUGUCCAUCUCUCAGGCUAUAGAUUGCUGUUAUAUUGUGUCCAUCUCUCAGGCUAUAGAUUGCUGUUAUAUUGUGUCCAUCUCUCAGGCUAUAGAUUGCUGUUAUAUUGUGUCCAUCUCACAGGCUAUAGAUUGCUGUUAUAUUGUGUCCAUCUCUCAGGCUAUAGAUUGUUGUUAUAUUGUGUCCAUCUCUCAGGCUAUAGAUUGCUGUUAUAUUGUGUCCAUCUCACAGGCUAUAGAUUGCUGUUAUAUUGUGUCCAUCUCUCAGGCUAUAGAUUGCUGUUAUAUUGUGUCCAUCUCACAGGCUAUAGAUUGCUGUUAUAUUGUGUCCAUCUCUCAGGCUAUAGAUUGCUGUUAUAUUGUGUCCAUCUCUCAGGCUAUAGAUUGCUGUUAUAUUGUGUCCAUCUCUCAGGCUAUAGAUUGCUGUUAUAUUGUGUCCAUCUCUCAGGCUAUAGAUUGCUGUUAUAUUGUGUCCAUCUCUCAAGUUUAAGAUUGCUGUUAUAUUGUGUCCAUCUCUCAGGCUAUAGAUUGCUGUUAUAUUGUGUCCAUCUCUCAAGCUAAAGAUUGCUGUUAUAUUGUGUCCAUCUCUCAGGCUAAAGAUUGCUGUUAUAUUGUGUCCAUCUCUCAGGCUAUAGAUUGCUGUUAUAUUGUGCCCAUCUCUCAGGCUAUAGAUUGUUGUUUUUAUUGUGUCCAUCUCACAGGCUAUAGAUUGUUGUUUUUAUUGUGUCCAUCUCACAGGCUAUAGAUUGCUGUUACUUUGGUGCCACAAACCAGGAUGGGGUGAACUUAGUUUGCCGCAUUGCAAGGAGAAAACACCGCCAGGCAGAAGUAUGGCUAUUUUUAGAGAUCCCUGGAAUCGGUUGCCUUCAGUUCCCCAGACAUCCUGACACAGAUGUGUAUCAUACAGAUGGCAAUUCCUACCAGGCAGGUGGGCUCACCUUUGAAAUUCUAGAACCAAUGAAAAGAUGGAAAUUGACUUAUAGUGGAAAACUAAGGUAUGGAAACAAAAUUAAAAUUAAAAUCUCUUAAGCAAUGUUAAUCAAGUUUUUUACUUAUAUAAUUAACAGAAUUUAUGUAGUAUAUCAUAAGUAGGAUAGUAGUUAAAGAACUGUAGCUUAUUGUAUGAGAUAAAGAAGUUAUCAUUAUUCUUUACACCAUCAUAAAAUAAAGGUAAGCUUGUAGUAUGUUAUAUUGAAUUGAAGCACUUGGUUCACAAUUAUUUCACAAUCUGGGACUUCAUUUGAGUAGAGCAGGGUGGGGCAUUUUUCUCCCCUCCCUCUUGAAUUUGCAGGUUUUAAUUAAAUUGCUAUGUACUGUGGCGCCUCCAGUAAUAAACAACUUAACAAGCCGACCAAGUUUUGGUUCCCACCCCCACCCCCUGAAAAAACCUGAAAUGACACCUCUAUUUACUGUUAACAAAUAUUCCUACUAUCAGUCCAAAUCAUGUGUUAAAAAGAUAAAAUUUUACUUGCAGAAAAGGACUGUGCAAUGAUGUUGUGAAUAAGCCCCAGCAAUAUCUUGAAACGAGCUUCUCUUUCAUGUAAGUAAAGUCUAUUUCAUUAGCAUGAGUUAGUUAUAUAUUAUCUGAAACAUUUCAGAUUUCAAAGUUUAAGUUUUCCGUCUCAUUGAUUUAAUGAACAGUCAUGUUGUUGUUCUAGAUGGAGCGCUUUUUCUCAGCCCUUUAAUUUUGACACCGACAUGGCUCCUUCCCUCCUUGCUGACAGCAUUGCUUGGGAAAACUGGAACAAGGACUUCUUCCAGAGACUUAAAGAGUAAAUAUUUUUAUUAUUGAUUGAUAUUGAUUAAUACCAUUAAGUUAAUUUGUUACAAAUGGUAAAAAUUUUAUGUAACACAUAAUGAAAGGAGUCUGUGAAAAAUAGUAUUUUGAAAUUAAAAUUUUUAUUUUAUAUUUUUGUCCAAAUGUAUGUUAGAAAUUUGAAAUUCUGAAACGAAUUAUGUGCUGCUUAAUCUAUAGCUAUUUCGUUACCUGAAAGUAGAGAACGGCUGAAAGUGAUUCUCUGAUUUUGUCUGAAGCCGAAACCAAAAGCUUAAAGUGACUUUCGGCAAAACCGAAACCAAAACCAAAAUAUUUAUAUAUUUUAAAAUUCGUUCAUGCAUACAUUCUACUUACAUUGAUGGGGUAAAAGUAUCAAUAUUUAUAUUCUUUUUAUAAAAAAUAAGAUCAUUAUGAAUAUUAAUAAAUAAACAUCUAAUAAAUACUUGGGCAUUUACAAUUUUAAUUUAAACGUAAUUUAAAUUUCUUUAAAAUGUUUUUUGACCCAAGAGGGGAGGGAUCAUGGCGAAAUUCAUGCAAAAUAGACCCUUGAGUGCCCUUUGCUUUGAUACAAUAUUUACAACCUAGAACAUAAUAAUAAUAAUAAUAAUAAUAAGACGUCUUAUAUAGCGGGGUACCACAGCCUUGGGCUGGGCUCACCGCGCUGUACAUAAAAAUUUUAUCAAAAUAGACAUAAUCAUGACAUUAAAAUAAAAUACAUUUAUGAAAUAAAGAACAGCAAUGUAUAUUCACCCACCCCACCUCAUAACUUUUACAAGGCAAACCAUGGACGGCAGCCAGCAAGAUAGUUUAUCGGUCAGAGGAGGGGAAUCAGUCAGGGUAGUAUAAUUUAAAAAGAUAUGUUUUGAGUGCAGUUUUGAAAGCCUGUGUGGUUGGUAUAUUGCGUAUGUUUAGUAGCAAAGAAUUCCAUUGUUUGGGGGCACAGAAAGAGAAAGAUCGUUCACCAUAUGUUUUAGUGUGUGUCUUAUAUACCUAAUAAUACCUACAAUAACUAUUUUUGCUCUAAUAGAGUCAAUAGUCACCUAAAUAUCAUUUGUUAAGGCUAUAAAAAUAUCAUCAUAAUUUUUGUUGGUUAUCGUCAUACUAAUGCUUUGUGUUUUCAUCAUUAGCUGGCAAGAUAUCCCUCUAUUAAUAUUUAGCCUAAUACUAACACACUAGUCUUUCUGUGCUGGUGACGUAAUUAUUUCGUUCGGCAACCAACCUCCCUCACCCCCAUUGGUGGGGGAUUUCUUUUUAACUGGAUCUCUUAAAAUUGGUGUUCUGACGGGUCUUGGCGGAGAAUCGCAAAAGACAUGUAAAUUGUCGCCAAAAUCAUAUAAGUAAACAGGUUUGCAGUAGGCCUACUACAUAAUUAUAAUACGAAUCUGUGAUACAUGCACACGCAUGUUAUUUCGAUAAUAACAAUGUUUAUGAGCAUGAUUAUGAUGAAUUUCAAGAAAUGAAUGAAUUAAAAAAAUUUAAAUAAUAAUGGAAUAUUACCAAAUCCUACGAUUAUUCAAUAUUAUUCACCUUUGCUUAUGACAAUAUUGAUGGGCAUGAUAAUGAUAAAUCAAAAUGAAUAUCACAAAUGAAGGAAUUAAAUAAACCUAGGGUUUCAAAUUUUUAUUUUAGAAAAAAUUAAAACAAAAAUAAUAUAAACAUGACCAUUCCACUAGUUUUUCUUCCACAAAACUGUUUACAUUUGCCUGGGCGUAAUUGAAAUUUAAUUUUUCGGAAAUAUGUGACAAGUAAGUCAUAGAACAGCUGUAAGCAGUUUUCGCUGAUUAUUGAUCAUAUAACAUAUGAUGACAGCAAGACGUUGAGCAAUAAUGAAUAUCGCAUUGCCGGCAGACAGACAGUCUGACUUAUGGUAGAUGACCUAAAACCUCAGUUAAUUUCAUCCAGAUGGCCAAAAGUCUCUAUCACUUUGGCUGAAAUGGAAAUUAAACCAAAAGUUAACUUUUUAAUUUUGGCCGAAACCAAAACUAGGCCAAAAGUGGUCAAAUGGCUACUUUCGGUACCAAAGCCAAAGCUGAAAUUCAGUCGGUCUCCACCUGAAAGUUUUAUUUGUAGGUCAUUCACUUUUCAAAUAUCUGUUACUAUUUUUGUUAUUUAAAUUUAAUCAAAUUAUUAGUUUAUAAAAUUUAAUUAAAUAAAUUUAUUUGAACAAUAAUUGUUAAUAUAAGAGAAGUCCAUUCAAAUAUUUUUCACUAGCAAUCAUCAGAGUCAUUACGAACAGUGGGGAGAAUUGAGGGGACGUCUGAAUGUUGAGGGACAAGAAGAGCAACUUCUGACCCUCCAAUGUGUGCGGGAUCAUACCUUUGGUAAUAAUUUUAUUUUUUAUUAGCGCUUGAUCAUAGCUUUGGUAAUAAUUUCAAUGAACAGGCAGUCGUUUGAAUGUGCACGCAGUGGUUUGAAUGUGCACGCAGUGGUUUGAAUGUGCACGCAGUGGUUUGAAUGUGCACGCAGUGGUUUGAAUGUGCACGCAGUGGUUUGAAUGUGCAGGCAGUGGUUUGAAUGUGCACGCAGUGGUUUGAAUGUGCACACAGUGGUUUGAAUGUGCAUGCAGUGAUUUCAAUGUGCAAGCCGUGGUUUGAAUGUGCACGCUGUCAUUUCAAUGUGCACACAGUGGUUUGAAUGUGCAUGCAGUGAUUUCAAUGUGCAAGCCGUGGUUUGAAUGUGCACGCUGUCAUUUCAAUGUGCAGGCAGUGAUUUCAAUGUGCAAGCAGUGGUUUGAAUGUGCACGCUGUCAUUUCAAUGUGCAGACAGUGAUUUCAAUGUGCAGACAGUGAUUUCAAUGUGCAAGCAGUGGUUUGAAUGUGCACGCUGUCAUUUCAAUGUGCAGGCAGUGAUUUCAAUGUGCAAGCAGUGGUUUGAAUGUGCACGCUGUCAUUUCAAUGUGCAGACAGUGAUUUCAAUGUGCAAGCAGUGGUUUGAAUGUGCAUGCUGUCAUUUCAAUGUGCAGGCAGUGAUUUCAAUAUGCAAGCAGUGGUUUGAAUGUGCAGACAGUGAUUUCAAUGUGCAAGCAGUGGUUUGAAUGUGCAUGCUGUCAUUUCAAUGUGCAGGCAGUGAUUUCAAUGUGCAAGCAUUGGUUUGAAUGUGCAUGCUGUCAUUUCAAUGUGUAGACAGUGAUUUCAAUGUGCAAGCAGUGGUUUGAAUGUGCAUGCUGUCAUUUCAAUGUGCAGACAAUGGUUUCAAUGUGCAUGCUGUCAUUUCAAUGUGCAGACAGUGAUUUCAAUGUGCAAGCAGUGGUUUGUAUGUGCAUGCUGUCAUUUCAAUGUGCAGACAGUGAUUUCAAUGUGCAAGCAGUGGUUUGAAUGUGCAUGCUGUCAUUUCAAUGUGCAGACAGUGAUUUCAAUGUGCAAGCAGUGAUUUGAAUGUGCACGCAGUGAUUUCAAUGUGCAUGCAGUGAUUUCAAUGUGCAAGCAGUGAUUUGAAUGUGCACACAGUGAUUUCAAUGUUCACGCAGUGAUUUCAAUGUGCAAGCAGUGAUUUGAAUGUGCACGCAAUGAUUUCAAUGUGCAUGCAGUGAUUUCAAUGUGCAAGCAGUGAUUUGAAUGUGCACACAGUGAUUUCAAUGUGCAUGCAGUGAUUUCAAUGUGCAUGCAGUGAUUUCAAUGUGCAAGCCAAUACUGAUCCCAAAAAGCUGAUUACAGAUUGAAUUGCAUAUUACAGAUAAACAGCCCAUUAAUCCAUAAAUAGAUGAUUAAUCCAUCAACAGCGGAUUAAUCCAUGUAACCCUAGUAAUAAAUUAAUUAAUUAAUCAUCUUUUUUACAUGAAACAUAACUUUAGUUCUUUAUUCCUAUGUGCGUCAGGAUAGCUUAGAUAACUUUUUGGAUAGCGUAGAUAACUUUUUGGAUAACAUAGAUAACAUUUUGGAUAUAAUAGAUAGCUUUUUGGAUCGCAUAGCUAACUUUUUGAAUAGCAUAGAUAGCUACCUUUUUGGAUAACAUAGUUACCUUUUUGGAUAGCAUAGAUAACUUUUGGGAUAGCAUGUACUAUAAUGAUUGACAGAUAUAUAGACAGGUUACUAGAAGAACAAUUUAAACUUGUCAAAAUUUAAAUGCCAUUAACAUUUAAAAGUAACUUGUCACAGAAGUCUGGGAAUAUGUCAUUUUAAAAUGAUCAUCUUUUUAUUACGUUUAUGUAUUAUUUUAUUUUACAUUUAACAUAUCUGACUCACUUGUGCUACCAUCUAGGGCAACACAUCUGACUAACUUGUGCUACCAUCUAAGGCUACACAGCUGACUCACUUGUGCUACCGUCUAAAGCUACACAUUUGACUCACUUGUGCUACCAUCUAGGGCAACACAUCUGACUAACUUGUGCUACCAUCUAGGGCUACACAGCUGACUCACUUGUGCUACCAUCUAGAGCUAUUAUUACCAAUGAUUUUGACAUGUUUAUCCACCAGGAAGACGAGACUGGCGGAGUUUCCAUCGUUACAUUAUUCAAUUUAUUCAUUUAGAGGUAGGUCAUGGGUCAGUAGGUCAUGGGUCAGUAGGUCAUGGGUCAGUAGGUCAUGAGUAGAGGAAGGUCCAUUCUCAUUUUAUUGGUCUGUAGGUUAUUGACUUGGUAAUUAGUUUAUCGGAUGCUGGGUGGACUAAAAUGAGCAUAUCUCAAGUUGGUGGUCUGGAGAUCAAUUCCAGCCAGAGCCCAGUCAAGCAAAAACACCACCAGCACCCCCGGGUGGAUGAGACUCGUUAACCUUGGAUGGCAACUCAUCUAAGAGAUGGAAACUCUGAAAUCAAACCCAGAGAUGGAGUCCCGAAAGGCGGAUAACAUUGAUACAUUGAAACAUUCCGACAACUCCUGCGACGUCACUGGUGCCAAGCUGUAUCAUCCAAUGAUGUUCCCUUGGGUUACCCAGCGGCGUGGAGAGAGGCGAUUUGCUGUUGGGAACCAGCUUAUAAUCCUUAAGAAUAAUCCCAGGCCAUGUGGAUUUCAUCCUCGAAGCCCACUCCAUCGUCACAUUGUGACGGAUGGAGGCCAGCAAAAAAUUAUUUUAUAUAAUUGUUCAGCAGCUAAUUAAUUAGUCUGUAGGUAAUUAGUUGUCAGUAGGUCAUAUAAUAGAAUACUGGGUUCUUUCAUUGGUUAGUAGGUCAUUUAAUUGGUCAGUAGGUCAUUUAAUUGGUCAGUAGGUCAUUUAAUUGGUCAGUAGGUCAUUUAAUUGGUCAGUAGGUCAUUUAAUUGGUCAGUAGGUCAUUUAAUUGAGCAGAAGGUUAUUUAAUUGUUUUAAGGGUCAUUUAGCAUGUAGGUAGGUCAUUUAAUUGAUCAGUAGGUCAUUUAAUUGGUCAGUAGUUCAUAUAAUUAUGGGUGCUGGGUGGCCGAUUGGUCUAAACUGAGCAAAUCUCAAGUUGGUGGUCUGGAGUUCAAUUCCAGCUAGAGCAAAAACACCACCAGCACCCCGGGUAGAUGGGACUCGUUAACCUUGGACGGCAACUCAUCUAAGAGAAGGAAACUCUGAAAUCAAACCCGGAGAUGGAGUCCCGAAAGGCGGAUAACAUUGAUACAAUGAAACAUUCCGACAACUCCUGCGACGUCACUGGUGCCAAGCUGUAUCAUCCAAUGAUGUUCCCUUGGGUUACCCAGCGGCGUGGAGAGAGGCGAUUUGCUGUUGGGAACCAGCUUAUAAUCCUUCAAGUAUAAUAAUCCCAGGCUAUGUGGAUUUCGUCGUACGAAGCCCACUCCUUCGUCACAUUGUGACGGACGGAUGCCAGCAAAAAAAAGUUCAUAUAAUUAAUCCAUGGAUAGUUAAAUUGCUUAAAUUGAUCAUGUAAUUGAUCCAUAGGUUAUUUAAUAGCUCAUUAGGUCAUGAGCUCAGUUAGUUUCUAUUGCUUCUGUAAAUUCUUUAAAUAGAGUGUUUGGACUUAGUCGCCAUUCAAUAACAUUUAUCUAUACAUGUUUUAUUGUGAUUAGGAAAUAACAAAAUACAGAUUAUUAUGUUAAGGAUUCAUAAGACAUUUUUUAUUAAAUGUCUUCCUUAAUACAUGCAUUCUAUAGCACAAAGUUUAAAUACUUGCAUUUUAUAGCACAAAGUUUAAAUAUUUGCAUUUUAUAGCACAAAGUUUAAAUAUUUGCAUUUUAUAGCACAAAGUUUAAAUACUUGCAUUUUAUAGCACAAAGUUUAAAUACUUGCAUUUUAUAGCACAAAGUUUAAAUACUUGCAUUUUAUAUUACAUUUUAUUUUACAAAGUUUAAAUACAUGUAUUUUAUGCCAGAAAGUUUAAAUACAUGUAAUUUAUGGUUCAAAGUUAUUCAGAUUUUUCUUUCAUAGAAAGCUGUGGAAGAUUUCAAACAUUAAUCCUGGCUUUUGGGUCAAUUAUUUAGACUAAUUAUUAGCAUUUGAGUGGAAUUCUGUGGUACCUAGUUAUUAUUGUAUAUAAAGUUGGUAUACAUUAAUCUAUUUUAACAGACAUUACUCUGUAUAAGCAGACAUUAUCUCUCAUCAUUACAAAAAAAUACCUAUUUAUUUUCUUAGAAUGGGAUCUCCAUACAAGUUGGUAUUGUCUCACAGCCUGACCUCAUGACCCAGUAAGUUAUAAAAACACAGCCUGACCUCAUCACCCAGUAAGUUAUAAAAACACAGCCUGACCGCAUGACCCAGUAAGUUAUAAAAACACAGCUGACCUCAUGACCCAGUAAGUUAUAAAAACACAGCUGACCUCAUGACCCAGUAAGUUAUAAAAACACAGCCUGACCUCAUGACCCAGUAAGUUCUAAAAACACAGCCUGACCUCAUGACCCAUUAUUUUAUAAAAACACACCCUGACCUCAUCACCCAGUAAGUUAUAAAAACACAGCCUGACCUCAUGACCCAGUAAGUUAUAAAAACACAGCCUGACCUCAUGACCCAGUUAGUUAUAAAAACACAGCCUGACCUCAUGACUCAUUAAUUUAUAAAAACACAGCCUGACCUCAUGAGCCAGUAAGUUAUAAAAUCACAAAAUUUGCUAUACUCAAAGUGUUUAACUUUGUUUACGAAGCCACACAGUUAUAUGCACUGCUCUGUCUAUUUUGAGAACCAUCACUGACAAAGGUCAUUUUAAAUGGACCAAUGGGUUUAAAGCUUCAUUCCAUAUUAUAGUUUUUUAAAAAAAGGUAAAAUAAUCUUCCAGUAGGGUUUGUCAUUUCUAAGACCACAAAACAUCACAUGACAUCACAUCACAUUAAGAAAUGUUUCUAUUUUUAGGCAAUGUUUUCAUAAAAUAUGGUUGCCAGCAAUGUAUUUCCACAAUAUAUGAAGCAGUAACAAUUUCUUUGUAAAAUCUUUUGUAAAGUAUAGCUGUAAACACAUGUUCGUCUAGCUUAGUCUAACCCACUAAGCUAGUUUACAUUAGCGUAGAAGUACCAAACAGCUGUUGAGAGAUUGGCCAAAUGGAAUACCAGGAUGUUUUAUCAAUAACUGAAUGUGAUUUGCUAGACUGUAUGCCGGGAUGUUCUAAUUAUAGAUUUAUGCCAUUAAAUGACGAGCCUUAUAGACGACACUAUUUUGAAUUAGUGCAAUGUUUGUUUUAAUAAUCAUAGAAAGACCAGGUGCAAAACACGUUCAUGAUGUACACAUAUAAAACCAAUUGAACCAGGUACAAAACUUGUUCAGUAGACCCUAUUUACACAUGAAAACUACUUGAAUUAGGUACAAGACAUAUAGGAUGUACACAUGAAAACUACUUGAAAUAGGUACAAGACAUAUAGGAUGUACACAUGAAAACUACUUGAAUUAGGUACAAGACAUAUAGGAUGUACACAUGAAAACUACUUGAAAUAGGUACAAGACAUAUAGGAUGUACACAUGAAAACUACUUGAAUUAGGUACAAGACAUAUAGGAUGUACACAUGAAAACUACUUGAAUUAGGUACAAGACAUAUAGGAUGUACACAUAAAAAUCACUUAAACCAGGUACAAAACAUACUGGAUGUACACAUAAAACCACUUGAACCAGGUACAAAAUGUACCAAAGGUACACAUAAAACCCACUUGAACCAGGUACAAAAUGUACUGUAUGUACACAUAAAAACCACUUUAACCAGUUACAAAAUAGUGGAAAAUCAUAUCAUUUUUCCAUAAACAUAAAAAUAGCAAAAGUAUCUAUUUCAAUAAAAUAUUAAGUGGAUUAUUUGAUCAAGAUAAACAAUCUCAUUUGAGUCGGAACAAAUGUUUCAUAAAAAGUAAACUAGUAUUUAUACCCCAACAUAACUAAAGGGUACACCUUUCGUUUCAUUGUUGUCAUUCCCAGUGUGAAAAUAGGAGGCAUCUCAUUUACCACAUUGUCAUUCCCAGUGUGAAAAUAGGAUAUAUCUCAUUUGCCAUGUUGUCAUUCCCAGUGUGAAAAUAGGAUACAUCUCAUUUGCCAAUGGGGACAUCAUGUCUGUCACUGACGUCACCCUGAAGCUCUGGGAGAUAGGGGAGGAAACCAUGGACCCGCCAGACACUUGGGCGUUUUCAUUUACCGCAGGUAACAUACUGACAGUUUUAUGCUACAUCUGGGGGGGACAGUGUAGGUGAUAGUAUGUGUCACUGGGUCAUAGUACUUGUCCCUGGGGCUGCAUAUGUGUCACUGGGUCAAUGUGUGUGUCACUUGGUCACAAUAUGGGUUACAUUUAGGGUCACUGGGUCACCGGUUGGUCAACUGGGUCACAGUAUGGAUCACAGAAUCAAGGUAUGGGGUCACAGCAUUGUUCACUGGGCCACAGUAUGUGUCACUGGGUCCUAAUCCUGUGAAAGACAGAAAACAAAACCACAAUUUUAAAGUCAAUGUCAUCUUGUCGUAUUUAUGGUUAUUUGUUGUUAAAUCCAUUUUGGGUUAUUUUAUUGUUAAUGACAUCUUGUGGUAUUUUAUUGUCAAUGACAUCUUGUGGUAUUUUAUUGUUAAUGACAUCUUGUGGUAUUUUAUUGUUAAUAGCAUCUUGUAUUUUAUUGUUAAUGACAUGUUAUUUUAUUUGUUGAUGACAUCUUGGGGUAUAUUAUUGUUAAUGACAUUGUUGGGUAUUUUAUUGUUAAUGACAUCUUGUGGUAUUUUAUUGUUAAUGACAUGUUAUUUUAUUGUUGAUGACAUCUUGGGGUAUUUUAUUGUUAAUGACAUCUUGUGGUAUUUUAUUGUUAAUGACAUGUUAUUUUAUUGUUGAUGACAUCUUGGGGUAAUUUAUUGUUAAUGACAUCUUGUUGUAUUUUAUUGUUAAUGACAUGUUAUUUUAUUGUUGAUGACAUCUUGGGGUAAUUUAUUGUUAAUGACAUCUUGUGGUAUUUUAAUGUUAAUGACAUCUUGUGGUAUUUUAAUGUUAAUGACAUCUUGUGGUAUUUCAAUGUUAAUGACAUCUUGUGGUAUUUUAAUGUUAAUGACAUGUUAUUUAUUGUUAAUGACAUGUUAUUUAUUGUUAACGACAUGUUAUUUAUUGUUAACGACAUCUUGUAGUAAACAUUUUGUCCAACAGUUGUUUUUAAGACUUGACAACAAAAAAGUGAAUGACAUUUAAAAAAGAUUUUUUUGGUUGAAUGGGUUCAGGUGGGGCGCGGUACAAUGUCACAGCUACCAAGGGCACGACUCCCGUCUGGUAUCACCAUGACGACAGGGGAGGUAAAGUCAUGGAAGUCUUCACAACUUUUGAGGUCAACUCAAUUAAAGGGAGAGGAAUCAGUGAAUAUUUCUACAGGUACAUUAUUAUGCAUGUCAUGGUUUACAAUGUGGACCUAUGUAAAUAUUUGUACAACUACUUGGACUGUAACAAAAAAAAAUGUGAUUAACAUCAAGUGUGUGUGUAUGAGCUUGUCAUACCAAAAACUAAGUAAAUUAUGCAUAAUUUUGUGUCAUAAGAAUUCAUUGUGCCUUUCCGAUGUGCAACUUUCAAUACAAAACUAGUUACCAUGUUUGAACUGAGUAAGUUUUAAAGCCAGUGUUGCAAUUGGAAAUUUAAAAAAAAAAUAAAAGUGAAAACAUUUUUUUUUAAAUGCGGUUUAAAUUAAAAAUUUGUCAAUGCCAAUCAAUUUUAAUUUUUAUUUUAAAUUUAUUUUUUUAAUUUCCAGAAAUCAUAAUGGUCCUAUCAUGACUGAUUUACCGUCUGCUUGUGACAUGGUGGAGGAACCCACCAGCUCCGUUGUUAGUCAGAAUCGUGACAAAAUCACGCUACCCUUCACUAGCGCAGCAUGUAGCUCUUCUGCCUUGGUUGGAGGGAAAGGUUCUCAACUGGCACAAUUAACAAGCUUAGAAACAAAGGUUUGUGCACUGUGUGUUUAUUUGUGCACUCUGUAAUUGUGCACUUGGUGUUUGUUUGUGAGUCAAAAUGGACCCAGACAUGCAGCGCCGCCAUUGGCACCCGGGUACCAUUAGACUCAAGCUAUUCGGAUGUCAUUUGUGGUAGCUAAUUUUAGUUAAACUGAAGAAUUAAGUUUUCAAACAUAUAGUCCAUUCAAUUACCUUUCUUUCAUUUGAUACCUCAUUUUGUCUUACAAACCCAACAAUAAAAUUUUAAAUAGUUUUUUAAUUCCAACCUCUCACUUCUGGUACCUGGGUACGAAUAGCCACUUCGUAAAUAAAAUUGUAUUCAAUUUUACUAAAUAUUUUUAUCUAACAACCCUGCAUUUGGCCUAUGCAAUAGAGAAAUGCACCCAGCAUGUUGGGGCGACCAUUGACACAUUAGGUCACAUCCUGUCAUUUUGGCCGAGUCUCCAAUUGUAUCUAAUGCUCAGUCUGCGUCACUAGCGUUGGGGUCAACCGGUGCAACAAAAUUAACAAUUUGGGGUUAACAAUAUGGUCCUAACAAAAGUUGAUUAAAAAAAUAUAAUCUAAGAAAACUGAUGUUUAAAAUAAAACUAAUGAAUUGAAAUUCCUGAUCCAGGUCAAUGCUCAUGUCCCCAAAGGAUUUUGUUUGACACUCAAGUCUUUUGAGCUGCAGUUGCAGGUCUGUGUACUGUUUCUAUCUACUCUAUUCUAUGUAGUCUUUUGAGCUGCAGUUGCAGGUCUGUGUACUGUUUUUAUCUACUCUAUUCUAUGUAGUCUUUUGAGCUGCAGUUUCAGGUCUGUGUACUGUUUCUAUCUACUCUAUUCUAUGUAGUCUUUUGAGCUGCAGUUGCAGGUCUGUGUACUGUUUCUAUCUACUCUAUUCUAUGUAGUCUUUUGAGCUGCAGUUGCAGGUCUGUGUUCUGUUUCUAUCUACUCUAUUCUAUGUAGUCUUUUGAGCUGCAGUUUCAGGUCUGUGUAGUGUUUCUAUCUACUCUAUUCUAUGUAGUCUUUUGAGCUGCAGUUGCAGGUCUGUGUACUGUUUUUAUCUACUCUAUUGUAUGUAGUCUUUUGGAUGUGGUAUGCUCCUGAUAUCAUUUUUUAAAAGAGUUUAAAUAAUUGAAUGCUUUAGUUUGAUAUUUAUUGUUUGUUGGGGAAUAAACAUUGAAUGUUUUGUUGGGAUAUUUAUUGAACAUUUCAUAGUGAACAAAAUAUAAUAUUAAUAUGAAAUAAAUAUAUUUGUUAUGAAACUUCCAACAAUUCACCCCCCCCCCCCCCUUUUUUUUUUAUAUAACAUCUCACAAAUCUCCCCCCCCCCCCCCUUUUUUUUUUCAAAGGAAAGUUCUAAGAUCAGGGCAGCCAUUGAAGCAAUCUCUUCUGCCUGUGUGUAAGAAAAUAUUUAUAGCUGUUCCUUCAAACAAAUUGUAAAACUUAUAAAAAAUGUGUAUUUACAUAUGAAUAAUUAACGAAAGAUAACUAACAAAAUAAUUUCUAUUUAAGUAAAAAUAAUCAACAAAAGAUGGCAACAAAAAAAUGUAUACUUAAGUAAGAAUAAUUAAUAAAAGACAACAAACAAACAAAUUUAAUUUGAUCCCAGAUCUUAGUUAUAGUUGAAUUCAUUGAUAGGAAAGUUAUGGUGAUCUAGAUCAAAUGUCAGAAUGACUUCGUGGGUAUAAAAAUGUACUCAGUCAACAUCCAAUAACGUGUUCGUACGUCCUUGCUCCAGAACUGAGGGUGCUGACUUGACCCCUGUGUGCAGCACAGCUGUCGACCUCUUCAACUCAACAGAGAUGUGUUCCCAGGUCAGGGAUGCCAUCGUUAAGUCUCUCAAUGAAUACUUCGGCAAGGACCAUGACCAUAUCCACUAUGCUGUCAGGUCAUCCGCGGCAGGUAAAUGUAGCAUUUCAAAAGCAUGUAGUAUCAUUGAAUAAAUGAUAAUUACAACCAUCUAGGCUACAUAAGUGACAUUCUCAUCCGUGGGGACUAAGUCAGUGACAGUCUCACACCUAGACACUACAUCAGUGACAGUCUCACCCCUGGGCACUACAUCAGUGACAAUCUCACCCAUGGGGACUACAUCAGUGACAGUCUCACCCCUGGGCACUACAUCAGUGACAGUCUCACCCAUGAGGACUACAUCGGUGACAGUCUCACCCAUGGGGACUACAUCAGUGACAGUCUCACCCAUGGGGACUACAUCAGUGACAGUCUCACCAAUGGGAACUGCAUCAGUGACAGUCUCACCCAUGGGAAAUGCAUCAGUGACAGUCUCACCCAUGGGCACUACAUCAGUGACAGUCUCACCCAUGGGGACUACAUCAGUGACAGUCUCACCCAUGGGGACUACAUCAGUGACAGUCUCACCCAUGGGGACUACAUCAGUGACAGUCUCACCCAUGGGAACUACAUCAGUGACAGUCUCACCCAUGGGAAAUGCAUCAGUGACAGUCUCACCCAUGGGCACUACAUCAGUGACAGUCUCACCCAUGGGGACUACAUCAGUGACAGUCUCACCCAUGGGGACUACAUCAGUGACAGUCUCACCCAUGGGCACUACAUCAGUGACAGCCUCUUAAAUUGUCUAAGAUUAUUUAGAAAUUCCCAACAAUUCACUUGCUUAUUCCAAAACUUCCAAGAAAAGUCCUCAGCUUCUCUUGUAUAAAAUGGAGAUAAAAUAAUUUUUCCUCUUCCCCUCUCCUUAGGAGAAGACGGGACGGAGGCAUCGUCAGCUGGACAGAUGGAGACAAUUCUUGGUGUUGUUGGUCUGCCACAGGUAGUUAAGAAAAAAAUAUUUAUGUUGAAAUAAGAUUAUCAGUUCAGUUUGCAACUAUUAAAUUAUUCAAUGUAAAUAUUUACUUUUAUUAAAUCUUUCUUAUCUCAGUCACUAUUCUCAACAAUGAAAAUUAAAUUGUAGAUGACACUGUUCAACAGUAAUUUGGCUACCGAAUUUAAAACAUAUGGCUUGUAUGUGUUUUGACGUGCUGAUUCCAAAUAUGAAUCCAGAAUCUGCUUAGAAAAGUGCCCUAAGAAUAAUUCACUACAGGUAGAACACAAUGUGGCCUAAGAAUAAUUUACUACAUGUAGAAAACAAAGUGCCCUAAGAAUAAUUCACUACAGGUUGAACUAAGCUUUAGCGUUGUCUGCAAAAAAACUAUUGUAAGUUAUUAUAUAAUUUUUUUAUACAUAUUAUAACUUUUAAUGGGGAUCACAGCAGUUAAUGGGUUAAGAACUAAUGUAAAAAUGUAACUGUUAUAUUCCUCUUUAUACAUCAUGUAGAUUACUAAAAUACAUGUUUAUGUCUUACGUUUUGGACAGCUGAGAGUGGGACACUUUGCAGGGAUUCUCAAAUUUUAAUAGAUUCGUAGUUGCUCUAUAGCUGCUGCUUUGCUGAUAUUUCAGAUCUUUAAAGCCGUCAGCAAAUGCUGGAGUUCAGUGUACACAGUCCAGGCCGUAGAAUACCGUCGACAACAUGGCCAACCAAUCAGCGUACUUGUGGGCGUGGUCAUACAGCAGAUGGUGCCUGCCAAAGCUGCUGGUAAGAUUCGCUCUCUGUUAUGUGAAUUUAUCAUACAGCUGGAUGGCCAAUCAGCGUACUUGUAGGCGGGGUCAUACAGCAAAUGGUGCCUGCCAAAGCUGCUGGUAAGAUUCGCUCUCUGUUAUGUGACUUUGUCAUACAGCUGGCCAGCCAAUCAGCUUACUUGUGGGCGGGGUCAUACAGCAAUACAGCAGAUGGUGCCUGCCAAAGCUGCUGGUAAGAUUCGCUCUAUGUUAUGUGAAUUUAUCAUACAGCUGGAUGGCCAAUCAGCGUACUUGUAGGCGGGGUCAUACAGCAAAUGGUGCCUGCCAAAGCUGCUGGUAAGAUUCGCUCUCUGUUAUGGGACUUUGUCAUACAGCUGGCCAGCCAAUGAGCUUACUUGUAGGCGGGGUCAUACAGCAAAUGGUGCCUGCCAAAGCUGCUGGUAAGAUUUCCUCUCUGUUAUCUGACUUUGUCAUACAACUGGCCAGCCAAUCAGCGUACUUGUGGGCAUGGUCAUACAGCAGAUGGUGCCUGCCAAAGCUGCUGGUAAGAUUCGCUCUCUGUUAUCUGACUUUUUCAUACAGCUGGCCAGCCAAUCAGCAUACUUGUGGGUGGGGUCAAACAGCUUGUCAAUGUCCAAUACUCAGAAGUUGUGUAGUUCUUGUACAUCUUUGUUUGUUGUACAUCUGUUUGUUGUGCUUCUAUGUUGUACAUCUAUGGUUCUUGUACAUCUAUGGUUCUCAUUUGUGUAUACUUCUCUUCUAUUAUUGGUUAUUUGCUAAGCCAAUCUCUGAAUGAACAUUGAAAUGUAAUGAGAUGUUAUUCAGACACAGUUUGAAAUGUUACAAUGUAUGGAAAUUAAAAUGUGACAAUGCAUGCAAUUUUAAAUGUAACAAUUAACGAAAAUCAAGCUUGAAGAUCAAAAGGCCAAAGAGAUGAUUGUUGUGAUUGUUCUUGAUCUAAUUCCAUUAGCUAGCAAUCAUUGGAUUGUUACACAAUGGCUAGCUAGCAAUCAUUGAAUUGUUACACAAUGGCUAGUUAGCAAUCAUUUAAUUGUUUUUACCCAAUCAAUGCCAUGUAUUUGACAGGUGUCAUGUUCACUGCCGACCCAAUUAAUGGAAGUAACAGCCAGGUCGUGAUCAAUGCCAACUAUGGACUUGGUGAGUCCGUUGUAUCAGGUCGGUCUGACCCAGACACCAUAUGCGUGACCCGAGACCCAGAAUUCAUCUACGAUGGGGAGAGGCUAAAGAUAGGCAAUGUUCGAGCUGGGGAGAAGAAAAUACAGAUUGUCGAAACAGGUACUCACAUAUAUUUAUUCCAUUUUUUUUUAAUUUUUAUAUUCAAUAUGCAGUUUGAAUGUUUAUUAAUGCAAAUGUUUGUAUGGCCAUCACAUGAAAAUUUCAUAAAUUGACAACUACCUGUAAGGAAUUGAAACUCAUAAAUCUCAGAGCACGUCAUGAAGAAGGGAGACAACCUGCUAGAUCACUUUACACACAAUUACAUUAGCAGUCUUUACAUAAUCUGUAUUCCUAAUUCCUAAUCAUAAUUCCUAAAACACAAUGCAUACCUAAUCUUUACACACAAUUACAUUAAUAGCAUUCUAAAACAAAUGUUGCUGCCAAUCAAUGUGUUAUUCCUUACAACAACUAUCUGACACAUCUAUCAACGGGAACCAUGUCAUCUGUAACAGUAAGCCUAACAACAAAGCCUCUUAGUUCCCAGCCAAUCAGUGUUGACAAUCUUUGUGCCUAAACUAUUCACUUCAUGAAAACAUCUGAUUUGCUUGUGGCAGGCAAUAGCGAGUGGUUUAGAGUUUGCUAACCUUGUUUCUAUAAAUUGUAUCAUCUAGCAAGUGGGGGCAUCACAGAGGAACAUUUGACUGGGUGCUCUGACCAAGUUUGCAUAACAGAUAAAAUAAUUCUUUCUCUGUCUGCAUUAGGUCUUGAGGUAUGUUGCAACAGAUAGAAUAAUAUGUUAAUUUGUUCAGUGUUAAUUUGAUUUAAUGACAAUUGUUUUUCUUCAACAUUAUACUGACAUUACAAUUAGUUCUUUAAGAAGCCUUUUCUUCAACGUUCUACUGACAUUACAAUUAUUUCUUUAAGAAGCCCAUCUAAGGUUAGUAAUUGAAGUAUACUUCAACCUUGUUAAAGCUCUUUCUGAUCCUUGUUCUUUUACUUUUUUUAAGCUUGAGAAAUACUUUGGAUCGCCACGGGAUAUCGAAUGGGCUGUUGUUGGUGAAGAUAUUUACAUGCUCCAGGUAUGUAGGCUGGGAAACUUAUUAAAAAAACUUCCCAUCAGAUGAAUCCAUCUUUUGUCUUUUUAUCUAUCGUCAUGCCAACCAAUCACUAUCAUUUAUCUUGUUGAAGGGCCGACCAAUCAAAGUCAUUUACAGUUGAACCCAGUCUAGGGGCUUGCCAAAAAACGUUGAGAUAACCGAUGAUCGAGACAAAUGAAAACCAAUAUGGUGGCACUACAUUAACAUAAGCUUGAAAUUUCUUGAUGUCCAUGAUGUGCGUUAGUAAAUGAGAAUGUACAUGCAUGUGAUUUUGAUUUUUUUUUUUACACAACCUCGUUGCUGUGAUUUGUUGGAUGAAGCAAUUGGAAGUAGUUAUUAAAAUUCCAAGACAGGAACCAAUCAAAAUGCCUAUUUUAUUGAAAGGUCAAGGCUAGAUCACUUGAUACACAAAGUAGGUCAUGAAAAUAUCAAAUUUUGCUUGAAUUACUGGUGAUUGAAAGGUUCGGUUGCUUUCGUAAUUUUUGCGAUUCCAAAUAACACCCAAUUUAAGGAUUCUUUCACUCCUGUAUUUUGAAAAUCAAUAAUUAUUUUUAAUUAUGCAAAACUUGCUUAUUUGUUGUUUGCUAUUUCUUCUUGGGGAGUUCAAAAGCCGGCGAUUGGUCAUUUGGAUCAAGAUAGCUGACAUUAAGUGGCAAAUUCUGCCGACAUUUGUGCUCGAGAUAUUAGGGUUUGGCAACAUAAAAGAAUCGGCAUGACCGAUAAGAAAAUUCUGAGACAAAGAGGGAAUUUGUUGGUUGACAUAAAAAAUGUCGACAUAACAGGGUUCGCGAGUUAACCGAGGUCGCGAUAAGUGGGUUCCACUGUAUUUUAUCUUAGUGCCGACCAAUCACUAUCAUUUAUCUUGCCUAAGGGCUGACUAAUCGCUGUCAUUUAUCUUGUCUUUUUAUCUGUCUUUAUGCCGACCAAUCACUGUCAUUUAUCAUUCUUAGUUCUGACCAAUCACUGUCACUUUUCAUUCUUAGUUCUGACCAAUCACUGUCAUUUUUCAUUCUUAGUUCUGACCAAUCACUGUCAUUUAUGAUUCUUAGUUCUGACCAAUCACUCUCAUUAUCAUUCUUAGUGCUGACCAAUCAUUGUCAUUUAUCUUUCUUAGUGCCGACCAAUCACUUUCAUUUAUCUUGUCUUUGUUUCGCCGUCUUAGUGCCGACCAAUCACAGUUGCUGACUCUGAGACUGAGGACGAUUUAAUUCAUGAAUUUGACACACCAAAAUCAUGUGACUUUCAGUGGUGGACAACCGGUAACAUUAGGUAACAUAUUUUACAGUUUACAUUUGAUGACAUAUAUUUUACAGUUUACAUUUGGUGACAUAUAUUUUAGCUAUAUGCAACAUGUUAAAUAACUGUAAUAAAAUAUUAUAUUUCAAUAUUAUGUUUUUAACCAACUUACUGUGUUAGAAAGUCCUGGUAUCUAAUGAAGAAUAUUUCUGUUGUUUUAAGUGCUAUAAUUUUAAGUCUUGAUGUGCUCGGUCUUUUGGUGUUUAAUCUUGAUGUGUUCAGUUUUUUGGUGUUUAAUCUUGAUGUGUUCAGUCUUUUGGUGUUUAAUCUUGAUGUGUUCAGUUUUUUGGUGUUUAAUCUUGAUGUGUUCAGUCUUUUGGUGUUUAAUCUUGAUGUGUUCAGUCUUGAUGUGUUUAAUCUUGAUGUGUCCAGUCUUGUUGUGUUCAGUGUCCAGUCCAGUUCUGUUGUGUUCAAAGUCCAGAGUUCAAGACUAAAUUAACAAGACUGUUCUUCUUGCAUGUUUAUUAUUGCCAAAUGUUUAAGGCAGCCGAUCUUUCCAUUUACAGUGAAAUGAUGCCAGGGGCGGUAACUCCACUGACCCAUAACCUUUUCUGUAACGCUAUCAACUACAGCUUACAGGUAGGCAGAAGUUCAUGUUAUCGAAUAAAGCUGUUACUACAGAUAGGAAGAAAUUCAUGUUAUCUAAUUAACGUUAGUUCCUCUUAUUUUAUAAAACAUCCAUUUAGAACAUAUGAAAAAAAGCUAAUUUUUUGCCCCCCCACCCAUUCAUAUGCGCAAGAAGUUUUUGACCUCUCCCCCCACACACAAGACCAACUAAAUCAAAUAAUUUAUAGAUAAUUGUGAUGUCAAAGAAAUUUUUUAAAAAAUUAUGUCACGGGUUUACAUCUUGGACUGUUUAGCCAGCCCAGUGGUUCCCAUUACAUAUGCCGCGUUGCUCUGGGUGCCAUGCUGCCCUAGGAGAGCCAUAAGAAUGGGACAAAGAGGGCAGUCACACUGGGAAUCAACAUCAUGGGGGCCAAAAUUGUCUUUAGAAAAGAUGUUAAUAGGGAAUUAAAAUAUAAAAUCCCGGCACUUUUUUCUUUAUAUAAAGUGGCUACAUUUUCUGGCUUUGCCCAGGUGCUGCAUUUCCUCGGCAUGCCCCUGUCCUGGGUUGCUUCUUCAUCCUUACUGGGGCUCCACAAAAAUAUUCCACGUUUAAUCCAAUGUGGUACCAAUACUUGAGUAACUACUGAUUGCAGUUAUUAGGUUUUUACCUGACACUUUAUUUUUUUAUCUUUCUUUACCGCUACUUUGAAUUGUAAUUGUUAGAAUUAAACCGGUGAAAACCAAAGUUUGCAUUAGGGGCCAUAGGUAAAUGACGUCAUACGCCUGGGUGGUGGGAGGAGAGUAGGGGUCAGAUUUUUGUGAUGAUGUGUGGUGAGGGGGGGCUCAAGCCAUGUGACGUCACAUGAAAAGCGGAAUAUUGUAGUAAAGAAUUGCACUUAAUGACACUAAAUUACAGACAUUUCUAACAUUAUUCUUUUAUACAACAAUUAUCAUUAUUUUAUUUUUAAACUACGAUCACUGAGAGAAUCAGUACAGUUAUGGGAGGUCCGAGGAAUUGUUUUCUGAUCAAGUUACAGAGCGCCAAGGAGGAGGAGUAAUCAGGCUGUACUUACAGUGACAGUCAUGAGAAUUUAUGGCCACAUCUGAAAACGGGAAUCAUAGAAUUAGAGCUUACCCGCUAAAUUCGGAUGGAACGAAAAUAAAAAGGUUCACGGGUGUAUCUUAGUAAAGGCUCUAGGGAAGGGAUACUUAACCUUUUUUGCAGCGUUACCAGCCCACUCCAUUGUAAGCAUCCCCCCCACCACCAACCAUAUAAAUUAUACUGUCAUAAAAUUGAACAAUAAUUAAUUAAUUUAGCUACCUAAGAUUUAUUUCUUUAAUUAACUUUUUUAAAACAAGGGAAAAAAUUACCAAUGCAAGCAAUGCGCCAAUAAAAUUCACCAGAAAAAUAUUAACUGCUGCUAAAUGAAAUGCAAAAAAAAACCUUUUAUUUUUUUAAAGCAGCAGCAACUAGCAAUGGUAGCAAAUACAUUCAGUGUUGUAGCUAAGGUUGGUGUCACCCGGUCCGGUAAGGUGCCCCCCUCCCGAAUUCCAUGAUGUAAUCUUCUUGUUAAAUGCCAAUGUGACAUGGAUAAGAUCUGUCCUGCCAAUCAAUCAUCUGACAAUCCAUACAUUCCCCCUACUCUAGACAUUCAUGGUAUCAUUCCCCCUACUCUAGACAUUAAUGGUAUCUUUCCCCCUACUCUAGACAUUCAUGGUAUCUUUCCCCCUAUUCUAGACAUUAAUGGUAUCAUUAUGAAGUUAAUUAAUUUAGACACUUGUCAACUUUUUGAGGAAAGAGUCAUGUGACAGUUGUAUCAAAAUUUGAUCAUCUGCAGACGUUGACCAGGUUGAUGGGGGCGAGACAGAGAGCGUCCCAUCUGCCUAAAGCCAUCAUGUCCAGCUGCAACCAUCUUUUCCUCAGUCUCAUGGCAAGUCAGGUUUAUCUCCUCGUUCAUCAAGUGGUCAAUGUCUUUAAUCAGAAUAUUAUAACUUAUCAUUGGGUCAUUGUCAUUAUUCAGAUUAUUAUAACUUAUCAUGGUGUCAAUAUCAUUAUUCAGAUUAUUAUAACUUAUCAUGGCGUCAAUGUCAUUAUUCAGAUUAUUAUAACUUAUCAUGGGGUCAAUGUCAUUAUUCAGAUUAUUAUAACUUAUCAAUGGGAUCAAUGUCAUUAUUCAGAAUAAAUUAGUUUAAUUGUGCUUUUAUCACUCACAGUUAUAGCUUAUGUCUAUUUUUAGGACAUAAGCUCGGUUUUCCUCAGCAGCCUCAUGGUGCGUACAGAUGCCUUGGCCAUAAGUCUUCUGGGUGAACUGCUUCCUGAGCUGAAUGAAGAGGAAAUACAGAAAUACUACUUUCGAAAAUCCCCAGGAGUCUUGCGUAGGACAGUUAACUUUUUUAACACAAUGAGGGUGAGCAGUGAUUUCAUGCAGGCAGUUAGAACUUUGGUUGUACUGAGACUGAACUUUGGUUGUACUGAGGCAGUUAGAACUUUGGUUGUACUGAGGCAGUUAGAAUUUGGGUUGUACUGAGGUAGUUAGAACAUUGGUUGUACUGAGACAGAACUUUGGUUGUAGUGAGGCAGUUAGAACUUUGUUUGUAGUGAGGCAGUUAGAACUUUGAUUGUACUGAGGCAGAUAGAUCAUUGGUUGUACUGAGGUAAUUAGAACUUGAAGCAGUAAAGCAACAUUGUCAAAAUAUUGCUUCAAAACUAACAAUACAUUUACAGAAAACUAACGAGGCUGUUACAGAAGUAAAUGUUGUACCGGGUUUAAUCACUUAAAUUGUUUGUUUUUUUAAAUUCAAGGCUUAAAUAUUAAACACACAUUGUAGCAAAGAAUGUCUCAUCCUCAAAGAAUGUCUCAUCCUCAAAGAAUGUCUCAUCCUCAAAAAAUGUCUCAUCCUCAAAGAAUAUCUCAUCCUCAAAGAAUGUCUCAUCCUCAAAAAAUGUCUCAUCCUCAAAGAAUAUCUCAUCCUCAAAGAAUAUCUCACCCUGAAUUGAGUCUGACAUAACUAAGUGAUUUCAUGCUUGAAAUCCUGACAGAAAUAUUGACAGUGGCAGCAUUUCCAUUUUUUUUUUUAAAUUCUCCCAUGAGCACUCAAUAUUAUUCCUCAAAUAUUUUUGCAGCAUUUUAUUUUAUUAAUUUGAAUUCAUAAUUGACCAAUUUACAUCAAUCUCCCAAGUUUACAGCUAAAUGUUUAUAGCAGACAUGUGCAUCAAUUCUAAACAGACGUUGAUGAAAGCAGGCAAAGAGACAGCCAGAUGGGAGGAAAGGAUACGGACAUAUGAGGUUGGCCCUAGAACAAAGACAUCUGCCGAGUUGUACCAUUGCAUUGACCAACAGCUGACCGACUAUGAAACAGUAAGCCUUGAAUAUGUGAUGCUGUGGAUGCUUCAUUUGGUGCUGUAUCAAUUAUAAGCUUUUAAGCAAGACCAAUACAACCACAUAUGGCAGAUAUCAACCCCACACCUCACACAUGGCAGGGAUCAGCCUCACACCCCACACAUGGCAGGGAUCAGCCUCACACCCCACACAUGACAUGGAUCAAAUCUGUUUAAUUUUAUAACAAAAAUGAGAUUAAUAUUUUUGUUUAAUACCAUUCAAAUGUUGCUUUUACCUAGAAUUAAUAUUGACCAGCUGGACCAUCUCAAUCACAUGGUGCAUUUAAAAUACUUGAAGAGGUUCAUCAUCUGGAAUAAUAAUCCGCCUGACUCUCCAUUACCCACCAAAGCUUAGUUGCAUUGACUCUCUAUAGUCUUAAAGGGGUUUACUAAAUCCCUUUUAGAAAUACAUUCAUAAAUAAAGGAGAUGUUUAUAGGAUAAUGUGUGCAUUUAGCGCGUGCGAGGGGGGCGGGUAAGCAGUAAAUGAGAGCACAGCACAUUGUGCAUCCGGGCGGACAACAUCCACUUGGGAUAUCUUAAGAUUAUAAAUAUCCCUUUUUUUUAAAUGACUUAUUUAUUAGCAUUGCUAAAUGUUGUUGAUGAAUGUUGUAAAAAUUUUCUUUGAAUGCUGUGUAGGUGUGGAUGUGGACGUUGUUGAACAGUGCCAAGUCAGGGAACAUGGCUCAAGUUCUUAUGUCUGUCAUUGGAGGGGAAUGUCAAAGUAAGUAUUGUGCACACACAGAUGGUAUGAAGGUAAUUAUUGGGUUGUACACAGAUUGAUAUAAAAGUAAAUAUUUUGAUCAUAGAUUAAUAUGAAAGUAAGUUUAGAGAAAGAACCCAUGUUUUUUCCAUUUGGAUUUGGCAUACCCUGUUUAACCUACUGACACCGGAUUAAGUGUGAUGAUUAUAAUUAGUAGCUCCAUUGUAAGAGUAUAAAGUGGUUUAUAAUCCUGACUAUAAUCCUACCCCCAAUCAUUAGCCCAAACCUAACUAGUGAACUGUUUAACAUUUCUGUCCUAUUUAGAUUGGACUUCUGAACACUACGGUGACAUAGCUUUACUUCUGUCCAACUGUGAUGAUGUCUACAGUGCUGAAGUCCCUCAUGCUAUGGCUGUACGUUUUCUGAUGCUUGUCAUAGCAAAGGCUCUCCCUCAAUGUUAUGUUACAGUGUGGAUGUUAUGCUACAGUAUGCAUGUUAUGCUACAGUGUGCAAGAACUGGUGGAAAGUAGCAAAAUAUGCCUGCCAUUAUUAUUCCGGUCACACUAGGUCAUAUACAAACAUUGAAAUGUCGUUUGAAAAAUUUAAUGUAUUAAAGAUAUGAAACAGUAUUUUAAAAAAAAAUCAAAUCAAUUCUGAUAUAUUUUCAUAAAAAUAACUUUUUGUUUUGUGUUAACAGAAAAUUGCUGGAAUGAUCGCAAAAAAAGGUCCUAAAUCAGUAGAACAGUUUCUGGACACAUCUGACAAGGUAAGAGGUCCUAAGUCACUAAAGGAGUUCAUGAACACGUCUGAUAAGGUAAAUCUAAAGGUGGUAAUGUCUCAUCAUGAUAAAUGAAUUGUUUAAUGUCAAAUACCCAGACAAGCAUGACUUUGACAAAACUGUCCACAUUAAUGACGUGUACACAAUGUCAAUUUCCAGGACUGUGUCCAGCUGAUCCUCGAUGACCAAGAGCUUGACCAGGCUGUCAAUGAGUUUCUUAGCCGUCAUGGACACAGAUGUUUGAGAGAGGUCAGAUAAUUUUUUUGGUCAUUAUCAAUUUUAAGGAACAAGCUGUACAAAAUAUAAUUGUGUUUUUAACGUUAUGUGUCCAUAGCAACCGGCAAGAAUAUGGGAAAUACAGAAAAUAUGGUUGGUUAAAUCCAUGCAAUUUGAAGUUGGUUAAAUUCAUUUUUUUUCCUAAUUAGCUGAAUUCAUACAACAUCUAGUUGAAUAAAUCUUUGGAGCGUGACAUAAAACAAAUCUGAUUGUAAUAUUAGUCAUUAAAUCUUAUUGUAUGUACGUUAGUCUUUAACCCACGAACUGUGGUCAGCCGAAAAAAUCGGCCGACAUUCUUGUUCUGUACUGUGGCGGCCGAAAAAAAUCAGCUGAUAAAAAACACGGUCCGAUAGCAACUUCCAAUCCAAUAUUUAAGCGGAAUUAUAGCCAGAAUUAUAAAAAAUAUAGUUUUAUUAAUAAUUAAAUCAUCAUCCAGUUCAAGCUGUUUCAUGAUAACUUGAAAAUAAGUGCUUUUUAAUUUGAGUCUUAUAUCGCUGCUUUUUUUUAAAGCUAAAAUGGUUGAUGCCAUGGCUGGGGUCAUUCAGUGCAAGAACUAAUAGAAAUAUGUUUGAAAGCCAUGGCUGGGCCUUCAGUGCAAGAACUAAUAGAAAUAUGUUUGAAAGCCAUGGCUGGGCCUUCAGUGCAAGAACUAAUAGAAAUAUGUUUGAAAGCCAUGGCUGGGCCUUCAGUGCAAGAACUAAUAGAAAUAUGUUUGAAAGCCAUGGCUGGGCCUUCAGUGCAAGAACUAAUAGAAAUAUGUUUGAAAGCCAUGGCUGGGCCUUCAGUGCAAGAACUAAUAGAAAUAUGUUUGAAAGCCAUGGCUGGGCCUUCAGUGCAAGAACUAAUAGAAAUAUGUUUGAAAGCCAUGGCUGGGCCUUCAGUGCAAGAACUAAUAGAAAUAUGUUUGAAAGCUUUUUAGGAGAGGAUUUAAGUGAUACUGAUGAUGAUUUUAACCUUCCCCAUGACGAUAUUAGUUGAUAUUAUUCUUCUCGUGAACUUUAUACUAGUCUUAGUGAUACUGAAGUAGGCCUACUGAGGCUACUGUUAGACUUCAAGCUAGGCCUUGAGGCUGGGCAAGGACUGACUGAAUUUUAGUCACAGAAGCUACAGAUUAUAGAUCAAAACUAAUAAAUUGUAUAGUUAAACAAUCCAAAUCAGUUCCACAGUUCCUUUUUAAAUGUUUAGUAGUCAAUAAUAACUAUUUUGCCUGAGAUUUUGUAUUUUGUACUUGGUUUUACAGUGGUCCCAGUUUCUUAUAUGAAUGAGCUAAAAUUACUAAAAUUGCUCUCAGAGUUUUAAUUGUAAUCAAAACCUUAGCAAACUGUACAUUUUCUGAAAGAUAAAUAAAUUGGCUACAACAUUUAGAUUAGUGUUUUAUAAGUGUAUCUCUAAAAAUGAAUGAUGUUAAGAGCACUUUAAAGCAAGACAUUUUGUUGAUUUUUUUUUUCUUGAGAACUCCAAGGUCAAGGACACUGCAAAAAUUUUUUACGGGUUUGGCAAUAUGGUCAACUUUAUCCCCAUCUAUUAACCUUUCUAAAAAUAUAUACUUAUUGGGGUCUUGUAUCAAUAUUUCUAUGUCAUUUAAUGCAAUUUCAAAUGGCACUCCAAACGUUGUGAAAAGCUCCACACCACAGAAUAAUGCAUGCCACAGUUCGUGGGUUAAAUCUGAAUGUACAUGUAAGUUAGCUUUUGUGCAAAAAAUACAAUUCUAAAUAAAGGUCUCAAGAAGAGAAAACUAUGAGUGGAUUUGAACCAAUGGUUAUUGUUAUCUCUCAUUGUUGUCUCUCAUUGUUAUCUCUCAUUGUUAUCUCUCAUUGUUGUCUCUCAUUGUUAUCUCUCAUUGUUAUCUCUCAUUGUUAUCUCUCAUUGUUAUCUCUCAUUCUUAUCUCUAAUUAUCUCUCAUUGUUAUCUCUCAUUGUUAUCUCUCAUUGUUAUCUCUCGUUGUUUCUCUGCCUAGGCUGAGAUGAGAGAGAAAUCCUGGCGGUCUGCCCCUGAGAAAUUCAUUUCUGUUCUGAAGGUUGGUAACCCAAGAGAAGACUAAUGUGAUAUGUGUUUUGGUCAAUAAUUGAAUAUGUCAUGAUACAGAGUGAAGGAGGAGCUUUACUUAUUUCUUGUUUUAGAGCCCUGGUUCUCAACAUGUUGGUCAUGACCCCUCUGAUCACAUGACCCUUACAUUUGGGUCGCCUAAAACCAUUGGAAAACACAUUUAUGAAUUAGCAAUGAAAAUAAUGUUAUGGCUUGGGGUCACCACAACAUGAGGAACUGUAUUAAAGGGUAGCAGCAUUCAGAGGGUUGAGAAUCACUGUUAUGAAGAGCUAAGAAGCUUUCCAUAUGUCUUAUAAUACAACUCAAGUCAGAAGUUAAUGGUUAGGCUUGUUCUAAUCUAACUUGAUUAACUGUUCUGUCUGUUAACUAACCAGUAUUAGCACAACCAUCACAGCACAACCAUCACAGCACAACCAUCACAGCACAACCAUCACAGCACAACCAUCACAGCACAACCAUCACAGCACAACCAUCACAGCACAACCAUCACAGCACCACCAUCACAGCACCAUCAUCACAGCACAACCAUCUCAGCACAACCAUCUCAGCACAACCAUCACAGCACAACCAUCACAGCACAACCAUCACAGCACAACCAUCACAGCACAACCAUCACAGCACAACCAUCACAGCACAACCAUCACAGCACAACCAUCACAGCACAACCAUCACAGCACAACCAUCACAGCACAACCAUCACAGCACAACCUUCACAGCACAACCAUCACAGCACCAUCAUCACAGCACCAUCAUCAUACCACAACCAUCUCAGCACAACCAUCUCAGCACAACCAUCACAGCACAACCAUCACAGCACAACCAUCACAGCACAACCAUCACGGCACAACCAUCACAGCACAACCAUCACAUCAAAUUUUCAUAGUUUAUGAUGUGUAGUUGUUUAUUUGUGUUUUUUUAAUUUUUUAGAUUAUACUGAAGACAAAGUCUUAUGAAAAAAGUCUAAGAGAUCCAGUGUCUGUGUCUGAGCUGCUUUCUAAAAUGAAGACAAAAAUCUCAUUCACUAAACGGUAUGUACUGAACUAUUGAAAUCAAGCUACCAUUUCAACAAACAUCAGAACCAUUGGCAUCAAGCUACCAUUUGAACAAACAUCAGAACCAUUGUCGCAAAGCUACCAUUUCAACAAACAUCAGAACCAUUGGCAUUAAGCUACCAUUUCAACAAACAUCAGAACCAUUGGCAUCAAACUACCAUUUGAACAAACAUCAGAACCAUUGGCAUCAAGCUACCAUUUCAACAAACAUCAGAACCAUUGUCGCAAAGCUACCAUUUCAACAAACAUCAGAACCAUUGGCAUAAAGCUACCAUUUCCACUAACAUCAGAACCAUUGUCGCCAAGCUAAGAUUCAAACAAACAUGUAUAAUUUAUUUAAAAAUACCAAAUACUUGUUUGAGUAAAGGGAUAUCGCAAUAGCAUUUUUGAAAAAUAUUAACAAAAUCUUUUAGAAAAAUCUUUUAUGUUUAUUCAUUUCAAUUGAAUGUAGUGUUGUCAUUUAUGGUAAGCAAAUGAUGCAUAUGUCAAUGACACACUUCAGAUUACUUUCAUAACCUUUGUCUAGAAACUGUUCAGCACUAGAUCCUGAGAGGUUCAAGAAAAAGUCUUUUAAAGACAUGGCCUUAUGUUUGAUAUUAUCAACACAUGUCUAUCAUUUCUUAUGUUUGAUACUAUCAACCCAUGUCUAUCAUUUCUUAUGUUUGAUAUUAUAAACACAUGUCUAUCAUUUCUUAUGUUUGACUAUUGUAUCAACACACACUGUUACUGUAGCUAUGAUUUCUUCUCCCUGAGAUCAGCCAAAUACUCAGGUUCCUGUUGCCCAAGUCAUGGCAAGCUGUUGGGUCCAGGGAGUGGGGAAAGGUAAGACUGAGAAACACAUUCAAAUUCAGGUGAUUCACAUAAAUAUACCUAGUAUCUUAGUUUUGUUCAUCAAACUCAGUGUGUGGAGCAAUGGUGGGGCAGGAGCAAUGGUGGCACAGGAGCAAUGGGGGCACAGGAGCAAUGGGGGGCACAGAAGAACUGGUGGCACAGGAGCAAUGGUGGCACAGGAAAACUGGUGGCACAGGAGCAAUGGUGGCACAGGAGUAGUGGUGGAACAGGACAACUGGUGGCACAGGAGCAGUGGUGGCACAGGAGCAAUGGUGGCACAGGAGACGUGGUGGCACUGGAGCAAGGGGCACAGAAGAACUGGGGGCAAAGGACAGAUGGCGGCACAGGAAAACUGGUGGCACAGGAGCAAUGGUGGCACAGGAGUAGUGGUGGAACAGGACAACUGGUGGCACUGGAGCAAUGGUGGCACAGGUGCAAUGGUGGCACAGGAGUCGUGGUGGCACUGGAGCAGUGGUGGCACAGGAGCAAUGGUGGCACAGGAGCAGUGGUGGAACAGGACAACUGGUGGCACUGGAGCAAUGGUGGCACAGGAGCAAUGGUGGCACAGGAGCCGUGGUGGCACAGAACAACUGGUGGCACAUGACAACUGGUGGCACAGGACAACUGGUGGCACAUGAGAACUGGUGGCACAGGAGCAGUGGUGGCACUGGAGCAAUGGUGGCACAGGAGCAGUGGUGGCACAGAACAACUGGCUGCACAGGACAACUGGUGGCACAGGAGAACUGGUGACACAGGAGCAGUGGUGGCACAGGAGCAGUGGUGGCACAGGAGAACUGGUGGCACAGGAGCAAUGGUGGCACAGAUGAUUACCUCAUGUAACAGUCAGUCUGCCUCUUAUACAGCCUGCCUCCCUUACAGCCUCUUGUAUAAUCUCAUACUUCCUUCUUUUCUUCUUUCACCUCCUGGAGUUUUCUCCUCAUAUGUUAAACAACAUUUAUAUUAUAAAUCCAGUAGGUACAACUAAUAGAGAUGCUUCAUGUUACACUCUUUUGAACUUGGACAUGUUACUCUGUGUCUUCCUGAAUUUGAUGCCAAGCCCUCCACUUCACAUACAAUAUUGAAACAUAAAAUUACCUCAGUUGCUUAUCAAACAUUGUUUUGGGCUGCUACAAAAUCAGCUGAGUUGAAUUUUGUGAAAUUUUCUCUAAAAUUAUAAAUGUGACUUUUUUAUAUGGGGAUUUUGUUGUGCUAUUGUUCCUGAAAUGUUUCAACAGUCAGUGUCCAUUCAGAUGGUUGAGCUGUUCAAGUUGGCUUAUUAUAGACUGGCCACUCUUCUAUACAAGGAGGUAAUCUUUUUUUUUUUUUUAAUUUUCAAGUAACAAUCACUGUUUUUGACUUAAUGUUGAUUUCCUUGCUGGGGAGUGCAUUGUUAUCCAGGCUGUUGAGAAAAUGGGGAGUGUAUUGUUUUCCUGGUUGUUGAGAAAAUGGGGAGUGCAUUGUUAUCCAGGCUGUUGAGAAAAUGGGGAGUGCAUUGUUAUCCAGGCUGUGGAGAAUUCUGCUUUUAAAUCUAUAUUAAAAAUAAAAAGCAUUUUGUGAAAAGUUAUUUCUACAUUAAAAUUGAUUAUUUGAUUUAGUAAAAUGUUUGUAUACUCGAAACCGAUCGAGUCUAAGUAUGCAAAAUAUAUUGCAAUAAUAAAGGCCAUUUACUCAGGAAUCUAAGCUCUUUAUUUCCCCCAGUUUCAAUAUUUAACUGCCAUUCAUGAGUAUAUUUACUAACAUCAGAUCAGUCCAUUCACUAACAUCAGUCCAUUCACUAACAUCAGUCCAUUCACUAACAUCAGUCCAUUCACUAACAUCAGUCCAUUCACUAACAUCAGUCCAUUCACUAACAUCAGUCCAUUCACUAACAUCAGUCCCCAUUCACUAACAUCAGUCCAUUCACUAACAUCAGUCCAUUCACUAACAUCAGGUUGUAAUAAGUUGAAAAAAUUGAUAUUUGCUUUUUUAAAUUAUUUUUCCCGUGCUCAUUUAAUUCCUCUAAACUUUGAACUAAUUUCAAAAAAAUAAAAGGGGAGGCUACCAGAUCCUGACCUGAUAUACUUCCUGACCCAUCAAGAGAUUUCAAAACUGAUUACCUCUCGUUCCGCUCGUCUUAUAAUCAAGUAAGUUUACAUUGUGCUGAGGCUCCAUGGGAGAAGAGCAGAAUGGAUGAAACUAAUUUCAUGUGAGGAGAGAAGGAGAGCAGAAUGGAUGAAACUAAUUUCAUGUGAGGAGAGAAGGAGAGCAGAAUGGAUGAAACUAAUUUCAUGUGAGGAGAGAAGGAGAGCAGAAUGGAUGAAACUAAUUUCAUGUGAGGAGAGAAGGAGAGCAGAAUGGAUGAAACUAAUGUCAAACUGAUUGCACAUUUAAUGAUCUACCUUUAUGUGUCACAGGGUCUUCGUCAGGAAAUUUUUAUCGGACUCAAAAUAAAAUGGGGUCACAUCUUGAGACUGGAUAUUUUCAUGCUUGAUUUUCAUUGUUUUAGUUGAUUUUUGUAUGUGUUUUCAAAGAUUCAAUGACUACAGGCUUAGCAUAGUGCACUCCCUUUAUCACAAUUUGAUCAAUAUUUUAUUCCCAUUUGAUAAGUUGAUAUAUUGUUAGACAUUUUUAUAACCAAACAAUAUGAAAACUGUGGAUGAUAUUUAAUUGGACUAUUCUACCAUCAUUGCCAUCAUCCGGUUUUGACCAUUUCGUCCACAUCUGUUUUAUAUCAAAUAUUUAAAAUAUGCCCCUGGCUUAGAUGUAUGGAUGAUAAAAUUUAAUGAAGUGUAUUUAGAAUCAUUUUACAUCAUAAUGUUACCAUCAACUUUCCUUUUUUCUUUUUUUAGAGCCCAAAAGAGAAGAAAAAUACUCUCCAAACAAGCAGAUAAAAAGUUUAUGAAAAUCAGUAAAGCUGGUCCUCAACUGGUACAUUAUUUAUAAUUUAUGUUUUUUUAAAUAAAUGUUGCCAGGUUUCAUUAAAUGGUAACAAAUAAUUAUUUGGAUUGUAUUUACCGUAUGUCAAUGUGACCUACUUAGAAUGACCCAGUUUUGAAUGUGGUGUUGGGUCAGCCAGGUGUCUGAAGGCAGGUUGGAGGAAAAAGCCGAUCCUUAACAAGCAAUUAGUCUAAAUAGGGAUGAGCAGAGUGCAUAAGUGAAAACUUCAGAGUAAAAGAACCACAUAGAGAUGGAUGAGUAGUUUCACAGAGAUGGGUGUUAAGUUUCUCAGAGAGGGGUGUGUAGUAUUAAAGAAAGGUGUGUAGUAGUAUCAUAGAGAGAGGUGUGUAGUAUCUAAGGUGGGUAGUAUCAAAGAGAGAAAUAGGGUGUCAUAGAUAGAGGUGUAGUAUCUCAGAGAGAAGUGAGUAGUAUCUCAGUGAUGUGUUUAGUAUCACAGAGACCACUCUGUUUAGUUUAUUGACUUGUAGUGUCAGAAACCUACAUAACACGGUACAUAUCAACUCGUCACCAUGUGCAGCUGUGCACUGGCAAACUACAUACAUUUUAUCAUUUCUAUUGAACACUCAAAUCUCAAGCAACAAAAAUUAGUUUUUAUAUUGUGGAGAGUUUGGACCACAACGGCGCCGGGGGCGUCUGACGUAACCGUCUGACCAGGAAUUACGGCCGUCUGACCAGGUACAGCCGGCGCCAUCUGACCUGGGAUCACGACCGAAGGAUCAAGCGCUGGGGGCGGUACCGGCCAUCCAUCUGACCAGGGCAUUUCCCUGGUCUGUUUGUAAUCUGGCGCCGAUUGAGAAAAGGGGCGGCGCAAGUACAGACCCAGGGACCUAUAAAUAGGGACCUCUGGACGGGACGAGACAGAGCGCGGCCGGAUGGUUAGAAGAGGAAGGCGGCCGGACUGAGAACUAGAUAGCAGGGAGAAGUCAGAGUUGUGAAUUGAGUGAAAGUGUAAGCAAGUGACAGCCCAAUAAAGAACACGAGUUUAAUUAUCAAUGUAUCACCGGAGUUGUUUCCUUAUUGAGUACCAGAUCUAGAUGAAGUUUGUCAGAGAGUAAGCAAGGUUUCCUUACAAUAUUCAUUUAUUGCAGAUUGAUGUCAACACAAGUCGUGCUGAUACUGCCAAUGUAGAGUGUCUCAAAGGUAUCACAGCUAGGGGCUAGAUAUUUCCAUUGUUGGGUAUUAUAAAAAUAUUGCUGAACAUAUUAUGUAACUGAACAAUAUAUUACAGUAGAAUAUAUUAUUGUACAAUGUAUUCCUUUUUAAAGAUUAUGCAGUACUAGAUUUUCAUGUAUAUUUCAGUGCUAAAUAUUCCUUCAUAAGAUAUUCCUGUUCUAGAUAUUACAGUACUAGAUAUUCCUGUACUGGAUAUUCCUGUACUAGAUAUUCCUCUUCUAGAUAUUUCUGUACUAGAUAUUCCUCUUCUAGAUAUUCCUGUACUAGAUAUUACAGUACUAGAUAUUACUCUCCUAGAAAUUCCUGUACUAGAUAUUACAGUACUAGAUAUUCCUCUUCUAGAUAUUCCUUUACUAGAUAUUACAGUACUAGAUAUUCCUGUACUAGAUAUUACAGUACUAGAUAUUCCUUUUCUAGAUAUUACAGUACUAGAUAUUCCUGUACUAGAUAUUACUGUACUAGAUAUUACUGUACUAGAUAUUCCUGUACUAGAUAUUACAGUACUCGAUAUUCCUGUUCUAGAUAUUACUGUACUGGAUAUUCCUUUACUGGAUAUUACUGUACUAGAUAUUCCUGUUCUAGAUAUUCCUGUACUAGAUAUUACUGUACUAGAUAUUACUGUACUAGAUAUUCCUGUUCUAGAUAUUACAGUACUAGAUAUUCCUGUACUAGAUAUUACUGUACUAGAUAUUCCUCUUCUAGAUAUUACAUACUCGAUAUUCCUGUUCUAGAUAUUACUGUACUGGAUAUUCCUUUACUGGAUAUUACUGUACUAGAUAUUCCUGUUCUAGAUAUUCCUGUACUAGAUAUUCCUGUACUAGAUAUUCCUGUUCUAGAUAUUACAGUUCUAGUUAUUCCUGUACUAGAUAUUACAGUACUAGACAUUCCUGUACUGGAUAUUACAGUACUAGAUAUUCCUGUACUGGAUAUUACAGUACUAGAUAUUCCUGUUCUAGACAUUCAUGUACUAGAUAUUCAUGUACUAGAUAUACCUAAAUAUUACUAAAUGCUUUACCUGUAUGCCUAACAAUGACAGUCUCUGUGCUACAAUUAUUUUUAUGGGCAUUUAAGUCUCUAAACAUUUUUUUUUUUAUAUAAAUAGUCACAAUCAUUAUGUUAAUAAACGGAUAUUAACACCAGGUAUGCCAGUGAGUCAAGGUCAAGUGACCGGGCCAGCGAGGGUGGUGCUCAGUUUGGACCAAGCAUCUGUCAUCAAGGUAAUGGGACUGUCAUUUUAACAUAAGGACGUAUCUUGAGUGACAACAUGGUUUGAUAGAAGAGAAAAUAUUGAUUGCCACAUUUGUAGGCUGGCUGUCAUUCUAAAAAUGAAGUCCUAAAUGGAAUAAAUAUUUUUUUAGAUUUGAUAUACAUUUAUGGAAUCUUAAAAUAAUCAUAAAUAAUUGUUAAAUGUGCUAGUUUGAUGAUGGUACUGCUUAAUUUGCUAGUCUGAUGUCAUUGCUUAAUCUGCUAGUCUGAUGAUGUCAUUGCUUAAUCUGCUAGUCUGGCGACAUCCUUGUGGUCAGCAGUACUGACGUUGGAUGGUCUCCUUACUUCCCACUUAUUGGUGGACUCAUAACAGAACUAGGUGGUCUUAUAUCACAUGGUAAGUCUUUUAUGACACGACAUUUGUAUUAUUACUAUUGCUUUUAGGUGUAUGACAUAUAACAUGACAUUUGUAUUAUUUACCAUUGCUUUAAGGUGUAUGACAUAUAGCAUGACAUUUGUAUUAUUUACAUUUCCUUUAGGUGUGAGUACAGUAUGGCUUAUGACAUAUUUUUUAUAUAAUAACUCUAGAAAUCAAAUGAACAAAACCAAAGGAAUUACUAACAGGAAACGAGCCCAAGUUAAAAAAAGUGUCGGAGAGUUUACUAUGCCAUUACUUAAAGGACCAACUGUAUGACCAACUGUAUGACCAACUGUAUGACCAACUGUAUGACCAACUGUAUGACCAACUGUAUGACCAACUGUAUGACCAACUGUAUGACCAACUGUAUGACCAACUGUAUGACCAACUGUACGACCAACUGUAUGACCAACUGUAUGACCAACUGUAUGACCAACUGUAUGAUAAAAAUGAAAGAUUUCCCCAAGAGAAAUUUAAGGUGUUCACCUCCAAUACUUGUAGCCUGAUAUUAUAUGUAUCAUAUUUUUUGUAUGUUGUAACAUUCAGUUCAUUUAAUUUCACAGGAGCUGUGGUGGCCAGAGAGUAUGGCAUCCCUUGCAUAGUCAAUGUAGGCAAUGCCACAUCAAUACUUAACUCAGGUUAGUUUGUGUAGGCAAUGCCACAUCAAUACUUAACUCAGGUUAGUUCAGUGUAGGCAAUGCCACAUUAAUACUAAACUCAGGUUAGUUCAGUGUAGGCAAUACCACAUCAAUACUAAACUCAGGUUAGUUCAGUGUAGGCAAUGCCACAUCAAUACUUAACUCAUGUUAGAUCAGUGUAGGCAAUGCCACAUCAAUACUUAACUCAGGUUAGAUCAGUGUAGGCAAUGCCACAUCAAUACUUAACUCAGGUUAGUUUGUGUAGGCAAUGCCACAUCAAUACUUAACUCAGGUUAGUUAAGUGUAGGCAAUGCCACAUCAAUACUUAACUCAGGUUAGUUCAGUGUAGGCAAUGCCACAUCAAUACUUAACUCAGGUUAGUUCAGUGUAGGCAAUGCCACAUCAAUACUAAACUCAGGUUAGUUCAGUGUAGGCAAUGCCACAUCAAUACUAAACUCAGGUUAGUUCAGUGUAGGCAAUGCCACAUCAAUACUAAACUCAGGUUAGUUCAGUGUAGGCAAUGCCACAUCAAUACUAAACUCAGGUUAGUUCAGUGUAGGCAAUGCCACAUCAAUACUAAACUCAGGUUAGUUCAGUGUAGGCAAUGCCACAUCAAUACUAAACUCAGGUUAGUUCAGUGUAGGCAAUGCCACAUCAAUACUAAACUCAGGUUAGUUCAGUGUAGGCAAUGCCACAUCAAUACUAAACUCAGGUUAGUUCAGUGUAGGCAAUGCCACAUCAAUACUAAACUCAGGUUAGUUCAGUGUAGGCAAUGCCACAUCAAUACUAAACUCAGGUUAGUUCAGUGUAGGCAAUGCCACAUCAAUACUAAACUCAGGUUAGUUCAGUGUAGGCAAUGCCACAUCAAUACUAAACUCAGGUUAGUUCAGUGUAGGCAAUGCCACAUCAAUACUAAACUCAGGUUAGUUCAGUGUAGGCAAUGCCACAUCAAUACUAAACUCAGGUUAGUUCAGUGUAGGCAAUGCCACAUCAAUACUAAACUCAGGUUAGUUCAGUGUAGGCAAUGCCACAUCAAUACUAAACUCAGGUUAGUUCAGUGUAGGCAAUGCCACAUCAAUACUAAACUCAGGUUAGUUCAGUGUAGGCAAUGCCACAUCAAUACUUAACUCAGGUUAGUUAAGUGUAGGCAAUGCCACAUCAAUACUUAACUCAGGUUAGUUCAGUGUAGGCAAUGCCACAUCAAUACUUAACUCAGGUUAGUUCAGUGUAGGCAAUGCCACAUCAAUACUUAACUCAGGUUAGUUCAUUGUAGGCUAUGCCACAUCAAUACUAAACUUAGGUUAGUUCAGUGUAGGAAAAACCACAUCAAUACUAAACUCAGGUUAGUUUAGUGUAGGAAAUGCCACAUCAAUACUAAACUCAGGUUAGUUCAGUGUAGGCAAUGCCACAUCAAUACUAAACUCAGGUUAGUUCAGUGUAGGCAAUGCCACAUCAAUACUAAACUCAGGUUAGUUCAGUGUAGGCAAUACCACAUCAAUACUAAACUCAGGUUAGUUCAGUGUAGGCAAUGCCACAUCAAUACUUAACUCAGGUUAGUUCAGUGUAGGCAAUGCCACAUCAAUACUUAACUCAGGUUAGUUCAGUGUAGGCAAUGCCACAUCAAUACUAAACUCAGGUUAGUUCAGUGUAGGCAAUACCACAUCAAUACUAAACUCAGGUUAGUUUAGUGUAGGCAAUGCCACAUCAAUACUAAACUCAGGUUAGUUCAGUGUAGGCAAUGCAACAUUGAUACUUAAAUCAGGUUCGUUCAGUGUAGGCAAUGCUACAUCAAUACUUAACUCAGGUUAGUUCAGUGUAGGCAAUGCCACAUCAAUACUUAACUCAGGAUAGUUCAGUGUAUGCAAUGCCACAUCAAUACUUAACUCAGGUUAGUUCAGUGUAGGCAAUGCUACAUCAAUACUUAACUCAGGUUAGUUCAGUGUAGGCAAUGCCACAUCAAUACCAAACUCAGGUUAGUUCAGUGUAGGCAAUUCCACAUCAAUACUAAACUCAGGUUAGUUCAGUGUAGGCAAUGCCACAUCAAUACUUAACUCAGGUUAGAUCAGUGUAGGCAAUGCCACAUCAAUACUUAACUCAGGUUAGAUAAGUGUAGGCAAUGCCACAUCAAUACUUAACUCAGGUUAGUUUGUGUAGGCAAUGCCACAUCAAUACUUAACUCAGAUUAGUUAAGUGUAGGCAAUGCCACAUCAAUACUUAACUCAGGUUAGUUCAGUGUAGGCAAUGCCACAUCAAUACUUAACUCAGGUUAGUUCAGUGUAGGCAAUGCCACAUCAAUACUAAACUCAGGUUAGUUCAGUGUAGGCAAUGCCACAUCAAUACUUAACUCAGGUUAGUUCAGUGUAGGCAAUGCCACAUCAUUUAUUAAUACUUAACUCAGGUUAGUUCAGUGUAGGCAAUGCCACAUCAAUUAUCAAUACUUAACUCAGGUUAGUUCAGUGUAGGCAAUGCCACAUCAAUACUUAUCAGGUUAGUUCAGUGUAGGCAAUGCCACAUCAAUACUAAACUCAGGUUAGUUUAGUGUAGGCAAUGCUACAUCAAUACUUAACUCAGGUUCGUUCAGUGUAGGCAAUGCCACAUCAAUACUAAACUCAGGUUAGUUCAGUGUAGGCAAUGCCACAUCAAUACUAAACUCAGGUUAGUUCAGUGUAGGCAAUACCACAUCAAUACUAAACUCAGGUUAGUUUAGUGUAGGCAAUGCCACAUCAAUACUAAACUCAGGUUAGUUCAGUGUAGGCAAUGCCACAUCAAUACUAAACUCAGGUUAGUUCAGUGUAGGCAAUGCCACAUCAAUACUAAACUCAGGUUAGUUCAGUGUAGGCAAUGCCACAUCAAUACUAAACUCAGGUUAGUUCAGUGUAGGCAAUGCCACAUCAAUACUAAACUCAGGUUAGUUCAGUGUAGGCAAUGCCACAUCAAUACUAAACUCAGGUUAGUUCAGUGUAGGCAAUGCCACAUCAAUACUAAACUCAGGUUAGUUCAGUGUAGGCAAUGCCACAUCAAUACUAAACUCAGGUUAGUUCAGUGUAGGCAAUGCCACAUCAAUACUAAACUCAGGUUAGUUCAGUGUAGGCAAUGCCACAUCAAUACUAAACUCAGGUUAGUUCAGUGUAGGCAAUGCCACAUCAAUACUAAACUCAGGUUAGUUCAGUGUAGGCAAUGCCACAUCAAUACUAAACUCAGGUUAGUUCAGUGUAGGCAAUGCCACAUCAAUACUAAACUCAGGUUAGUUCAGUGUAGGCAAUGCCACAUCAAUACUAAACUCAGGUUAGUUCAGUGUAGGCAAUGCCACAUCAAUACUAAACUCAGGUUAGUUCAGUGUAGGCAAUGCCACAUCAAUACUAAACUCAGGUUAGUUCAGUGUAGGCAAUGCCACAUCAAUACUAAACUCAGGUUAGUUCAGUGUAGGCAAUGCCACAUCAAUACUAAACUCAGGUUAGUUCAGUGUAGGCAAUGCCACAUCAAUACUAAACUCAGGUUAGUUCAGUGUAGGCAAUGCCACAUCAAUACUAAACUCAGGUUAGUUCAGUGUAGGCAAUGCCACAUCAAUACUAAACUCAGGUUAGUUCAGUGUAGGCAAUGCCACAUCAAUACUAAACUCAGGUUAGUUCAGUGUAGGCAAUGCCACAUCAAUACUAAACUCAGGUUAGUUCAGUGUAGGCAAUGCCACAUCAAUACUAAACUCAGGUUAGUUCAGUGUAGGCAAUGCCACAUCAAUACUAAACUCAGGUUAGUUCAGUGUAGGCAAUGCCACAUCAAUACUAAACUCAGGUUAGUUCAGUGUAGGCAAUGCCACAUCAAUACUAAACUCAGGUUAGUUCAGUGUAGGAAAUGCCACAUCAAUACUUAACUCAGUUUAGUUCAGUGUAGGCAAUGCCACAUCAAUACUUAACUCAGGUUAGUUCAGUGUAGGCAAUGCCACAUCAAUACUUAACUCAGGUUAGUUCAGUGUAGGCAAUGCCACAUCAAUACUAAACUCAGGUUAGUUCAGUGUAGGCAAUGCAUCAUCGAUACUUAAAUCAGGUUCGUUCAGUGUAGGCAAUGCUACAUCAAUUCUUAACUCAGGUUAGUUCAGUGUAGGCAAUGCCUCAUCAAUACUUAACUCAGGAUAGUUCAGUGUAUGCAAUGCUACAUCAAUACUUAACUCAGGUUAGUUCAGUGUAGGCAAUGCUACAUCAAUACUAAACCCAGGUUAGUUUAGUGUAGGAAAUGCCACAUCAAUACUUAACUCAGGUUAGUUCAGUGUAGGCAAUGCCACAUCAAUACUUAACUCAGGUUAGUGCAGUUUAGGCAAUGCUACAUCAAUACUUAACUCAUGUUAGUUCAGUGUAGGCAAUGCGACAUCAAUACUUAACUCAGGUUAGUUCAGUGUAGGCAAUGCCACAUCAAUACUUAACUCAGGUUAGUUCAGUGUAGGCAAUGCCACAUCAUUUAUUAAUACUUAACUCAGGUUAGUUCAGUGUAGGCAAUGCCACAUCAAUUAUCAAUACUUAACUCAGGUUAGUUCAGUGUAGGCAAUGCCACAUCAAUACUUAUCAGGUUAGUUCAGUGUAGGCAAUGCCACAUCAAUACUAAACUCAGGUUAGUUUAGUGUAGGCAAUGCUACAUCAAUACUUAACUCAGGUUAGUUCAGUGUAGGCAAUGCCACAUCAAUACUAAACUCAGGUUAGUUCAGUGUAGGCAAUGCCACAUCAAUACUAAACUCAGGUUAGUUCAGUGUAGGCAAUGCCACAUCAAUACUAAACUCAGGUUAGUUCAGUGUAGGCAAUGCCACAUCAAUACUAAACUCAGGUUAGUUCAGUGUAGGCAAUGCCACAUCAAUACUAAACUCAGGUUAGUUCAGUGUAGGCAAUGCCACAUCAAUACUAAACUCAGGAUAGUUCAGUGUAGGCAAUGCCACAUCAAUACUAAACUCAGGUUAGUUCAGUGUAGGCAAUGCCACAUCAAUACUUAACUCAGUUUAGUUCAGUGUAGGCAAUGCCACAUCAAUACUUAACUCAGGUUAGUUCAGUGUAGGCAAUGCCACAUCAAUACUAAACUCAGGUUAGUUCAGUGUAGGCAAUGCCACAUCAAUACUAAACUCAGGUUAGUUUAGUGUAGGCAAUGCCACAUCAAUACUAAACUCAGGUUAGUUCAGUGUAGGCAAUGCCACAUCAAUACUAAACUCAGGUUAGUUCAGUGUAGGCAAUGCAACAUCGAUACUUAAAUCAGGUUCGUUCAGUGUAGGCAAUGCUACAUCAAUACUUAACUCACGUUAGUUCAGUGUAGGCAAUGCCACAUCAAUACUUAACUCAGGAUAGUUCAGUGUAUGCAAUGCUACAUCAAUACUUAACUCAGGUUAGUUCAGUGUAGGCAAUGCUACAUCAAUACUAAACUCAGGUUAGUUUAGUGUAGGCAAUGCCACAUCAAUACUUAACUCAGGUUAGUUCAGUGUAGGCAAUGCCACAUCAAUACUAAACUCAGGUUAGUGCAGUUUAGGCAAUGCUACAUCAAUACUUAACUCAGAUUAGUUCAGUGUAGGCAAUGCCACAUCAAUACUUAACUCAGGUUAGUUCAGUGUAGGCAAUGCCACAUCAAUACUUAACUCAGGUUAGUUCAGUGUAGGCAAUGUCACAUCAUUUAUCAAUACUUAACUCAGGUUAGUUCAGUGUAGGCAAUGCCACAUCAAUUAUCAAUACUUAACUCAGGUUAGUUCAGUGUAGGCAAUGCCACAUCAAUACUAAACUCAGGUUAGUUUAGUGUAGGCAAUGCCACAUCAAUACUAAACUCAGGUUAGUUUAGUGUAGGCAAUGCCACAUCAAUACUAAACUCAGGUUAGUUCAGUGUAGGCAAUGCCACAUCAAUACUAAACUCAGGUUAGUUCAGUGUAGGCAAUGCCACAUCAAUACUAAACUCAGGUUAGUUCAGUGUAGGCAAUGCCACAUCAAUACUAAACUCAGGUUAGUUCAGUGUAGGCAAUGCCACAUCAAUACUAAACUCAGGUUAGUUCAGUGUAUGCAAUGCUACAUCAAUACUUAACUCAGGUUAGUUCAGUGUAGGCAAUGCUACAUCAAUACUAAACUCAGGAUAGUUCAGUGUAUGCAAUGCUACAUCAAUACUAAACUCAGGUUAGUUCUGUGUAUGCAAUGCUACAUCAAUACUAAACUCAGGAUAGUUCAGUGUAGGCAAUGCUACAUCAAUACUAAACUCAGGAUAGUUCAGUGUAUGCAAUGCUACAUCAAUACUAAACUCAGGUUAGUUCAGUGUAUGCAAUGCUACAUCAAUACUAAACUCAGGAUAGUUCAGUGUAUGCAAUGCUACAUCAAUACUAAACUCAGGAUAGUUCAGUGUAUGCAAUGCUACAUCAAUACUAAACUCAGGUUAGUUCAGAGUAUGCAAUGCUACAUCAAUACUUAACUCAGGAUAGUUCAGUGUAUGCAAUGCUACAUCAAUACUUAACUCAGGAUAGUUCAGUGUAUGCAAUGCUACAUCAAUACUAAACUCAGGAUAGUUCAGUUUAUUUGAGCCAGUUUUCCCCAAUACGUUGUUUCCAAAAUCUAUUUAUGUAACUGUUAUAUUAUAUUGAUAUGUAUAUUUUAUAUUAUAUUGUGAUGUAUCUUUUAUAUUAUAUUCCGAUGUAACUGUUAUACACUGAUGAGCGGCAGUUAAGAAAAUUUAUUUAAUUUAAACCCAAAUAAGUUGGGAGAUUUUGAUCUACUGAAGUACAAGCAUUGAGUAUGUAAUAAUUCUCCCUCAACACAAAAACACUGGCUUGUCCUUCCAGUCCAAUUGAAUUUGAGUCUUAUAAUUUACUUUUGGACAAACCAGUCCAUAAAUAAUUACUUUUCCGAGUCAAUAAUAUUGACUUUGUUUCCUUACACAGGUGAGCUGUUGGAGAUUGACGGCCGUCUUGGAACCGUCAAAAGAUUAAAUGUGCAGAAACAAGUAUGAUUGGUUGUGUUGCUAAGAAUAGCACUUGAUGACUGCAGGGAACAAGCUGUUGAAAAAAGUUUAAUUUACUUCAAGUGAUUUGUACAACCAUAACAACUACAUAUUAAUUGACAUUCACAUGAGCCAGUACUUGUCUCAAAUUUUAAAACAAUUAUUUUUGGUACUUACUUUUUUUGUACAGCUGUGUUUUAAAAACAAUCAUUAUUGGAUAACCUCAAUUACUUUUAUAUGAUAUCUAUAAUUAUUGGUGUUACUUAAUUACUUUUAUAUGAUAUCUAUAAUUAUUGGUGUUACUCAAUUACUUUUAUAUGAUAUCUAUAAUUAUUGGUGUUACUUAAUUACUUUUAUAUUAUAUCUAUAAUUAUUGGUGUUACUUAAUUACUUUUAUAUAUCUAUAAUUAUUGGUGUUACUUAAUUACUUUUAUAUGAUAUCUAUAAUUAUUUGUGUUAUUUAAUUACUUUUAUAUGAUAUCUAUAAUUAUUGGUGUUACUUAAUUACUUUUAUAUAUCUAUAAUUAUUGGUGUUACUUAAUUACUUUUAUAUUAUAUCUAUAAUUAUUGGUGUUACUUAAUUACUUUUAUAUGAUAUCUAUAAUUAUUGGUGUUACUUAAUUACUUUUAUAUUAUAUCUAUAAUUAUUGGUGUUACUUAAUUACUUUUAUAUUAUAUCUAUAAUUAUUGGUGUUACUUAAUUACUUUUAUAUGAUAUCGAUAAUUAUUGGUGUCAUUUUCAUUUAAUUACUUUUAUAUACCAGUAUCUAUAAUUAUAGUUGUCAACUAGUUUUAUAUAUCUACAAUUAUUGGUGUUACUUAAUUACUUUUAUAUAUCUACUUGUACUCAAAUUUUAAAUCUUUAAUUAUUGGAUACACUCUAUUUCGAUGCUUUAUAUUAUGUUAUCCACAAUUACUGGAUUCUCUGAAUCAACUUAAUGCCUUUUUUAUAUUAUAUAUUAUGUUAAUGUCAUCUAGAAUUGUGAUGUGUCCCUUUUUUUACUGCAACUUUACUUCAAACAAAAAUAUAAUAGUAUCAAUCAGAUACUAGUUGGCACAAGUACUUCUAUUGGUGCUUACAUUACAUGACAUUGCUUUUACCUCUGAUAUAUUUGCUAUAUUCAGUAAAAACGAAUUUGUGUUUGCUGGUUAAAAUUAACUUAUAUUACAGCGCAAAUUCGGCCGUCUCAAGUUAUACUCAUUUCCAAGCCCGUCUGAGCUAUAAGAGAACGGUUUGAUUCAAGAUGCUUGUUGGUAGUAUUUUGUGAUUAAUUAAAUAUGCUACAUAACAAGAGUCUGAGCAAUUAGUGAUUUUUUAGUUUUGGUUACGGUAUGAAAUUUUUGUAUCUCAUUCUAUGUGGCAGAUGGCAAGAAAAAAAGGCUUCUUGUGUCAUAGUCCCCAUUAUGUAUGAUGGUAGGCGGUUUCAUUGUGGUCAUUCAGCGUUUUCAUUGAGGUCAUUCAGCGUUUUCAUUGUGCUCAUUCAGCGUUGUGCAAAGAAAUGGCAUAAAAAUGUGCAGAGCCAAACCAGGCAUUAAAAGAAAAAGCUAUUCCUUUACUAAACCCGUUCAUGCAUCGCCUCAAGAAUUAAUCAUUGAACACAUUAUAUUCAUACAGGGCGUUAAGAAUCAAGCAGUGAAAAGACAUUAAAUUUCUACAACCUUGUAUAUAAAAUAAUGUACACUUUAAAAACGCUAAGAUGACCCUUGAUCCAACGAAUCGGCUUACUCUUGAAUUAACAGAAGUAAAAUAUUGUAUACAAUUUCUGGUGCAGUGUUCAAAUAUUGUUACACUCUUACAUUUAUCGUAUUUUUGCAUAUAUAAAACGCAUCUUAUAUAAAGUUUUACAUACCCCGCACCCAGGGUGUGUCAUAUAUGGGUGCGUCUUAUAAUUCGAUGUG